AUGGAGGAAGCGCAAAUGCAUCUGAGCUGUCAGGAAGAUCACAGGUACUCUUCAAGCUGUUACCUGUCUGUCUGCAAUGAAUUUGAUUUUCUGAAUAGGUUAGGACUGUCAGGCUUCUGAUCUCCAGAAGUUUUUGUUUUUAUCCUAGCCACGGAUGGGAAUCCAUUGCUGCCAAGUUAGGUAGGGGUCAGGGAUAAAGUCAGCUUUCGUUUAAAGCCAAAUUGAUCAGAUUUGCAGUUUCUGGAACAAUACGCCACCUUGCAGAAUUUGCACUUCUCUGAAUUUUGCAAUGCCGUUCUCCAACCAAAUGCAUGUAGUGAGGGGAACUGUGCAUAAAAAAAUAUGCUCUGGAAAAUAACAUACAAAAAUGUAUUAUAUUAGGAUUAAUUGCUUGGGGGGGGGAAUGUGUACCUUAGUCAAAACUGCAUACAGGAAUGUACUUAUUAGGAGAAUUCACGCAUUAGGAAAAAAUGUUGGUGAACGCUCGUGGUUUUUGUAAAAAACAAAAUGUGAAUUGCUGCGGAAAUGUACAGACCUGAAUUUAACGUGGGUUAAAUGAGAAACUGCGUGAACCAAAACUGACAGAUCCUUCCACCCCAAGUGCCAAAAUUGUCUUUUGGAGCCUAGCAUGUAUGGACCUAGAUAAUAUCAAUGGUCUGAUGCAAGACACAUCCAGGGCAGAACAUAUUCUGCUUCUGUUUGAACAGCUGCAUCUCCCCCAGUACUGGUUGGCUAAAGUAAUUUGAGCAAGUGAACUCAGGUUAAUUGGUUUAAUUUUAAAAUCAAAGCUUAUUGACAAUGCGUUUUUUUGUUUGAUAUUGAAGAAUUCAGAGCAAACCUAGUGAGCACCCACUUUCCCUGAAUAGCUCAAAUCCGGCAGAUGUAGAGGAAGGAGGACAGGAACCAUCACAUGUGGGUGCUAUGGGUUUUUAAUUUAUACAAUUAACCCUGCUAAUUUGUCCUUCGGAAUAGGGACAGGGUUGAGAUCUCACGCUGCAGUCGUUUUAUAUCAGGAGAUUGACACCUGCAGUAAACAGCUGUUGAAGGUCCCUGACUAACUGCUUCCUGUAUCUACUUUUAGCAUUGUCUGCUAAUAUUUGCUCUUUGGACAGAUCCCAACAGCUGGGAAUCUUUUCAAAGCGAGCCUCUAGCCAGAAUAAGAGAUGUAAAUCCCACUCUCGCUGUUGCCAAACAGCUUUUUAAUGGCUAAGUUUUGCUUUCUUUCUGCCGAGUGGAGAAUUUGCAGCUGGAACUGGAGAGGCCUUCAAGAUUUUCACUGUGCUGGCUGCAUGAUAAGCCUGCCACUUUUUUCUUUUUUAAAAAACCUUUUAAAGUGCUGCCUUGGAGGCAGAAAUUAAGCUGAUGCUGCUUUCCAUAUCGCUGCAUUUCCAUGCUGGAAAAUACACCCCUCUCUGCCUCCCGAGAAGCUACAAGUACAGCUCCCACAACAGCUACAUUCUACUUUCACUGUUGGAGUGAAUAUACCUGUUGCUGGAAAUCACAGUGCAGAAAAUGCUGUUGCACUCAGAUGCCACUUGCGGGCUUCCGUUGACAACAGAUUGGCUACUGUGAGACUAGACAGGCCAUUGCCCUGAUGUAGCAGGCCUCUUUUCAUAUUGUUAUGACGCUGCAUUCAUCCCCUCACUCUUGCCAUGGUUUGCAUGCUUGGAAAAGGCAGGUAGGGAGGAAGGAAGGAAGGGGAAAGCAGCCCAGGAAGCUCAUGGCGGGAGGGCAACAAUGGGCUCUGCAGCUGCAUGGUCUUCCCUAGGGAUCCUUUCCAAAUUCCCUAUCUCUGUAUUCUCCGUAAGGAAUUGUCUCUAAAUUAGCAUGCUGCUGAUAACGCUAAGAUUGCAGGUUCGAUCCCCAUAUAGGAUGGCUGCAGUUGUACUAGAUCAGGCAUGUUCAUAGUCCAUUUGGGGGGCAUAAUCUGGCCCACUGGUCGGUUUAAUCCGGACCCCCUGUGGCAGUUCAUUUCCUGGGGUAAAAUCCUAAAAAAAAAAGCUCAACAACUUCAACCCUAAAACCAGUGUGGUGUAGUGGUUAAGCCAGUGUGGUGUAGUGGUUAAGAGCGGUGGACUCGUAAUCUGGUGAACUGGGUUCGCUUCCCCGCUCUUCCACAUGCAGCUGCGGGGUGACCUUGGGCUAGUCACACUUCUCUGACGUCUCUCAGCCCCACUCACCUCACAGAGUGUUUGUUGUGGGGGAGGAAGGGAAAGGAGAAUGUUAGCCGCUUUGAGACUCCUUAGGGUAGUGAUAAAGAGGGAUAUCAAAUCCAAACUCCUCUUCUUCUAAAAAAGGCUAAACAAAGAAAACUCAACAUCUUCAAGCCGAAAAAGUCAACAACAUUGGUUGGCUCUUUGGUCGGCCCUCACGGCCCUUCACUUCAUCAAAUCUGGCCCUCUUUGAAGAAAGUUUAGACACCCCUGGACGAGAUGCUCCUCAGGGUACCCAUUCAAUUUUACAAUUCUAUUAUUCUAGGUGGUACUACAGCAUGGAUCUGGGUCUUGGUUGGUGCUCAGUGAUAUUCACCCCCUACAAGUUAGCCUAGUAAGAGAAAGGGGUUGAUACAUUUGGGUGCUAUGAGGGCGGUUUAGUAGAUAUUAUAAACCCACCAAUCUAUUAUUUAGUUCUGCCUUGAGCAGGAAGUGGUGGGAAACUUCAAACGACAGUGCAGAUUAAUUCCUCUGCUGAGUGUUUUUCCAUGUGUGAGUGUACACACACACACACACACACACACACACGAGAGAGAGAUGCAAACAAACAAGUAUUUGAUAGGAUUCAUUUCAUGCCUUAAGGUGCUUACAGUAUAAACACACAAUAUCAAGAUGAUUUUAAAAAUGUAUAUCUACCAUUGAUCAUGGCCAAAUUUGGUUACUCGGGAAUCGUUUUCUAUUUUCUGCUGUUUGAUAUAUUUUUUUCUUGCCAGUCAAUGCAAACUUCAUUUUUAAAAGCAAGCCAGCAGCAGAACAUGUAGCAAGUGUCCCGGCGAAGGUUGAAACUCAGCAGUUAUGUAAGAUCUGCAGGACUUGGCUUCUGUUGUUCAUCACAUGUUUCUGCCAUCUGAAGUCGUGCUGAAUGCUUGAAAACAAGAAAGUUGUCUGUGAGUGGCUAAACAAUGGACAAAUGAGAAUAAUCGAGGUCCUGUUUCAUUAUUUUAAUUAGGGAUGUGCAAGCAUCAGGCUGAUUGUCCUGAAAAUGAAUUGGACUUUUAAAAAAGUAUUCGCACUUUAAGUUCUUAUCUCCCUCCGUCCCAAAGCAACCAUUUGGGAGGGGAAACUUGACUUGGAGAAAAGCUGGGGUAACAGGAGGUGGCAGAGGGCUCCCAUGGACACAGAAUCAAGCUCCAUGCUCCCUGACAGGAAACAACUACUUAAAGCAGGCAUAGAUAGUUUUGGGACUACAAUUCCCAUCAUCCCUGGCCACUGGUCCUGUUAGCUAGGGAUCAUGGGAGUUGUAGUCCCAAAACAUCUGUAGGGCCAAGUUUGCCUAUGCCUGACUUAGGGCUUUAUAGGUCAGUCAGUAGCCUUGUACCUGGCAUUACAUGGGAGUUGUAAGAAACAACAACAACAAAAUAUCUGUGCAGCUUUGUGAUCAGUGGUUAAAAUCAGUGCAUUUCAGUCCACCAUCUUAAUAUAAAAUGACACCCAGUGGUAUCCAAACAGAUGAAAACCCGCUUCCUCCAUUUCAGGAACCAUCAUGCAAAAUAGAGAUUCAAAGGGUGCCUUUUCAUGUAGUUUAUAUUGCACAAAUCUAAUUGUUAUAAACCUCUUUGAUUAAAAGUUCAAAAUGUUUAGGGGUAUGCGUCCCGCUGUGCCCCCCCAGAAAAAAGCACUGCAUAGUGGUAUAUAAAUAUUUUUAUAUAGCAAUGUGCUCACUGCGACAAGAGGGCAAGUUAGCGUGCUUGUUCAGUUUUGGCCCUUCUAUAUAAUAUUUUUAAAAUAUAUGGCCAGCUGAUGACAGAAAUGAUUACUUCACUGUAGAUCUUAAUAGCAGGGCAGCAGUUCAAGUUAAGAUAAAAUGCAGUUGCUUUAUUUCCACACGACUCUGGAGUCGUAAGGCUUAAGAAAACGGCCAGCUGGCAAUAUUCUGAAAUUCUUCUUGGCUUUAGGUGCUGAUAAAUAGAAGAGUUAGGGUUUUGUUUUUUUCCAAUUUGAAAGAAUGCAACUACACUCCCCCCUCCCCACCCCAAAUCAAAUACUUAUGCAUGACUCUAAACUAGUACUGUCAGUCUUUUGCCUGAAAUGUGUGUCUUGUUUGCCAAAGAAUAAUGUCACGGCCCCUUCGACAUAGUGGCUAGUCUAAUGCAAAACCCAACAAACGCCUAAUGUGUAGGGUUACCAUCUCUUUAAUGGCUAGAACAGUCUUUAUCGACUUGGUGCCAUCCAGAUGUUUUGAACUAGAGCUCCCAUCAGCCCACCAUAGGAUGAUGGGAGGGUUUGCCUCUCGACUGAUAAUGAAAGCAAGAUGAAUAGUGGACAUAAACACUCAAAGAGGGACAAUGUACUGUAGUGACCUAGCCUAGGUUGUUGAGCUUUUGGGGGGAACAUCAGAGAGACAGACAGACAGAGAGAGAGAGAGAGAGAGAGAGAGAGAGAGAGAGAGAGAGUUUUUAGGCUUUUUAAAAAGGAUUUCAAAAGCAUUUAAAAAAUAAUUAAAUAAAAAUCACCCUGCUUGCCAUGCAUCCGGGAUUUCCUGGCCAUUUUGCUGAUUUGGCAAAAAUCCGCCUGGAUGCCAUUUUCAGAGCCUGGAUGAUGUUGUUGUUUAGUCGUUUAGUUGUGUCCGCCUCUUUGUGACCCCAUGGACCAGAGCACCCCAGGCACUCCUAUCUUCCACUGCCUCCCGCAGUUUGGUCAAACUCAUGCUGGUAGCUUCGAGAACACUGUCCAACCAUCUCGUCCUCUGUCGUCCCCUUCUCCUUGUGCCUUCAAUCCUUCCCAACAUCAGGGUCUUUUGCAGGGAGUCUUCUCUUCUCAUGAGGUGGCCAAAGUAUUGGAGCCUCAGCGUCAGGAUCUGUCCUUCCAGUGAGCACUCAGGGCUGAUUUCCUUAAGAAUGGAGAGGUUUGAUCUUCUUGCAGUCCAUGGGACUCUCAAGAGUCUCCUCCAGCUUGAAUAACUCAGAGAAGCUAUGAACUAUGCUGAACAGGUUCCUGGAUAUGGCAGCCCUAACCUAGCCACUUCAAUUCCCUGUUGAGCUCAAAUCUCCAUUAGGAUAGGGUUGUCUCCCUAGAAAUGGACUGAACAAUAAGGAAAACUGAAACUAAGGAAGGGAGACUACCCGUAACCCUUUUCAAAUUGGUGGAAAACUUUAAUUUCAUUGACAUACGGAGAUUUAAACACCCACUGGUCAGAGAAUUCGCUUCUUUUUUCAGAACCAAAUCAGUCUGCCGGAAGAAUAGACUCAGUUUUGCUAUUUCCAGGGUCCAACAUAUUCUCCCCGAAUGAUCUAAAAUCAGUGGUAGAGCACAUGCAAAAAGGACCCAGAUCCCAUCUGGCAUCUCCAGAUUGGACUACGAAAUGUUCCUAAUUAAUACCCUGGAGAGCCACUUGCCAGUCCAUGUAGACCUGUGUCAGAACUGUUGUAAAACAGGAUCUACAAGAAAUUUUGGAGCUGGAUCUGAGUUCCUCUCUCUGGCUCUGCAUUUUUCCUUAUCAACACAAGGGUUGGUGACCGUGAGGACUGGGAGGGCAGAAGGCAGAGAGCCCUGCAAGUAGGUGGAGCUGAAGCCAUUGAUAGGCAGAGACCAUUCAUUCUUUCUAUCUCCCCAUCCUAUAUAUUUUCUGAGAAUCCUCCGGAAAAAUAAUCUCUCAAAGGACCUGCUGAUGGCAUUUUACCAUUGUACUGUUGAGAGUGUAUUAACUUAUGGUCUCUGUGUGUGGUUUGGGAGCUGCACAGUCAGGGGAAAAAACAAUGCUGUCCAGGGUUGUAAAGACUGCGGAGAGAAUAACUGGGUGCACUCUUCCCAUCUUGGAUCAAAUCUAUGCUUCCAGGUGCCAUAAGAAAGCUGCAGAGAUAGUGCAGGAUAGUGUCCACCCCAGAAAAGAUCUUUCAGCUCCUGCCUUCUGGAAGAAGGUAGAGAGUUAUGAAGACUAGGACUAGCCGCCUGAGAAACAGUUUCUAUCCAAAUGUGAUUUUGGUUUUAAACGCAGUGUAAGGUUGUCUCUAUGUGAGUAUAGUGUAUUCAGUUAUGGGGUAUCAGACUUUUUAGGGGCUAACAAGGCUGGGAUAGUUGGGAUAGCAGGCUUGUUGGUUUUUGAAUGUCUGAUACAGAUUUUUUUCUUCCAAUUUCAUUGUUCUGUAUGGGACAAUGACAAUAAAGAUUAUAGUAUCGUAUCUUCCUACCUGCUUAUUUUCUCCCCCAAAGCCAACACGUGAGGAGGAAGGGAGCUGACAGCCUGGUUCGACCCCAGGAAGUGGUUGUUAAGGGCAUACUGAGAUUGAUGGGGCAGUACCCCAUUUGCCAUAACACACCACCCUGCCCUGGGACAAGGUGUGAAGGCCUCUAAGUGUACUAUUUUGUAUGCUAAGAGGGCACUAUCCAAACUUCUGCUCACACUCGCACAGCACAUUUGCCAAAAGUAAAGUGCCCGCAACCGAUCUACAUUCAAAGUGGUGUGGUAGUGUGUAUCAGAAUGAAUCAUAACGUUUUGCCUAUAUGCAGUAUUUCAAACUGAAGUAAUAUUUAAAAAAGAAAAAAAAUUGGCCAGUGUUAACGGUGGCUGAUGUGCUUUAGGGUAAUUACAGCAAAGUCUUGUUAUAACAUCCUUGGCUUACUGAAUGUCAACACUGUUAAAACGUUGGCCGUGCACUUGGUUUCUGCAGAAUCCUAUUAAUUUUUUUCAUCAUUUUGAUUCCUUUAAAGUGUAAAACUGGGCACAGUAUCUUUCUGCCCGUUUUGUGUGUGCUUGCACUGACUACCCCUCCUGCUCAGCCUCCUCCCUAACUAGCUUUCUGGCAUCCUUUUAUUUAAUUGCCGCAUCUCUGCUAGUCUAAAGACUGCAACACCUGUCAAGGAGCAGCAGCGCUGAGGCCACUUGGAAGUUUAACCUCUUGCGACGUUACAAUCGCGAAAAGCACAAAAGGGCUUUAUUUAUUUUAAAAGUGUACACUGGUGGUGGCCCGGGAGGGGUGGCAGGAGCAUUUUGAAAGUUGUGAAUGAGGGAAGAGGAAUCCCAAUCUUAUCUCUAUACAGUGGUACCUCGGGUUAAGUACUUAAUUCGUUCCAGAGGUCUGUUCUUAACCUGAAACUGUUCUUAACCUGAAGUACCACUUUAGCUAAUUGGGCCUCCCGCUGCCGCCGGAGCACAAUUUCUGUUCUCAUCCUGAAGCAAAGUUCUUAACCCGAGGUAAUAUUUCUGGGUUAGCAGAGUCUGUAACCUGAAGCGUCUGUAAACUGAAGCGUAUGUAACCCAGGGUACCACUGUAUAGCACAUUCUGGUUUGCAUCCGACUUUAUUCAUUUUAUACUUGAGGGGAUGGCUUCCUCCCCAUCAUACUUUCCACAACAACUUAAGAGCCGCCCCCCCCCUAAAAAAAAUUGUAUGGGUGCACCUACCAUUUUGACAGAGUGUUGGGUUAGGGGAAUGUCGUCUUUAUCAUGUUUCCCCAUUUGUGAGACUCGUUUGUGGGACCCAGGGAAGCUCACAUCCCUCCUAGGUUGCUUCCAGACAACCUGUUUGUUGAGCGUUUUGUCCUGAUUGGUCUACAAGGAGGUUAGACUAUGCCAGUUAUUUCUUGAGCUUUCAUUCUGAUUUGUUGGUGGGGUGGUUAUACAAUGUUGUGUUAAGCUGGAGCCCAAAACAACUUCCAUUUGCUGGUAUGUAAUUGAAUCCUACGAGAAAAUAGGGACAUUUCAGAGUGUCCUUACACUAAAGUCUUUCAGGCAUUAGGUGAUCUUUUCCACUCUUAACUGUAUUUACAGCAUUUUUGCUGUUUUAGAAUACUUUGCAGGUGAGGGACAGGGUAUUAUGGAUGUGUUUGUUGCCCUGGGUUUCUUUGGGAAGAAAGGUGAGAUAUAAAUUCAAUGAAUAAUAAAAUAAUAAUAAUUUUGAUUUCCCCGAGCUUUUAACCUUUGAUGCAUUUUCUUUGUUAAAAAAAAAAAUCUGCUGUGAUUUAUAGUGUUGUUAGUAGCGGUUCUCCUCAUGAUUACUUUGACAUGUUUUAUGAGGUAUUGUCAUCUGCCCAGGAAUAAACCUGUCUUGAACCACCUGGCAUUAAUUGCUUUAAUUCUUGUGCUGUUUUAAUGGGCUUGUUUUAUUUCACAUUUUAAUUGUGGAGAUUUCGCCGAAUGUUUUGAUGGAAUUGUUUCAUUGCGCAUUUUAAUGAAUGUCUGUUUGUAUUUUAUUUUAUUUUUUGUAAUUGGUUUUACACUUUGUAAGUUGCUUAGAAACCACUUUGGCAAUGAAGCGGUAUAUAAAUGAAUACGACUCCUACCAAUAAAUGCUUUUUUAAAAAAAACCCAAAAAAAACCCCUACACACACAAACACAGUGUUGUGAUUUCAUUUGCAUUGUGGUAACCAGUUAAUUGGAUUCUCCCGAAUGCUUGCUUGUGUGGUUGUGAAGUCUGACUGCUGUUGCUUGUUGUGUUGUGGUCUGUAUGCACAUCUUCAAGCUGACACUAGUUUGUCAAAUUUGAACCUUGGCAUAAUUUUUACUGAGUUUUUCUUCCUUCCUUCCUUACAUGCUGAGCUGUGUCACUUGUGUUCUCCAUGCCGCAUUCCUCUGGAUUAUCCUGCAACAUGGGGCAUUCUUUCUUCUUCUGCCCCACCCUGUAAAUACUUCGUAUAUAUAUAAAAUCCUAAAUGGCGGCUCAUGUUAUCGUAAGCCUGCAUAAAAGUUAAGAGUGAGGUGUGGUAUGGAAAGCACACUUGUUGUCUUAGCUCUGCUGAGUCAAGAAAAGGGAUAAACUAAUAUAGGCUUAGUCAUACAAUCAAGCCCUAACCUUACCUCAUUUUAUUUUAUUUUAUUGAAAAUAAAUAACUAAAUAUCCAUACCUGUGCAAAAAAACAAAGUGUUCUCAAACUGCUUUUCUUCCUCACCCCUGCUCCUUUUUACAGGUCUUCAGAAGACAAGGGAUAUCUUCACAGUGCAUUUCCACACCCAAACAUGUUCCUGACCAGCUGCUUAGUGGCCUUGGUAUUUACGGUCCCUGCUGUACAAAUGGGUAAGUCUGGAUGGAUUUAAUUGAAUGGCCACAAUAUUCGUUUUAUUUUCCACAUUUUGUGUUCUGUUUUGUUUUGUUUUAAUAUCGUGAGGGGUUCUUAAGUCAGGCUGCAAAUAAUUUUUUAAAAAAAGUUUGUAUAUAUAAUAAUAAUAAUUAAUAAUUUUAUUAUUUGCAGCCCGCCCAUCUGACUGGGUUUUCCCAGCCACUCUGGGCAGCUUCCAGCACAUACAAAAACAUAAUAAAACAUUAUAACAUUAAAAACUUCCCGUUUAAUUUAAUAAGUGAAAUAUGAUGGGAUUCAUAAAUUGCACAUAACCCCAAAGUGCUAGGAAUGCCCUCCUUUUUAUUUAUUUGCUUCUUUCAAAAGAUGACAACUACAAUGACACACACACACACACACACACACACACACACACACAAAUCUUUUUUUAAAAAUUGGCACAUAAAUAUUAAUAGAGUUUUAUUCUGGAAAGGGAGAGUCACCUGUUUUGCUCCCCGCCCCCCCAGCAGAUAAUUCAAAAAGCUUAAAGGUAUUUGUAUGGGUCUCUGUAGUUUCUCAGUCACUGGGCAGCUUUAAAACUCAUCUCAGGGCCAAAAGAGCUUUAAAGUUCCUCUAAGUUCAUGUUUUUCUAAAUUUACACGGAUGGUACGGGUGCUCAAGCCAUUAAAUAUGGAGUGCUAGAGUUUGUUUCAGUGAAAAUGCUGCUUAUCCCAUAGGUUCAAAGUGGGUGGAUUAGGAUUUUAAAGUACCUCCCCCUACAACUCAUCACUCCCUCAAACCCCCAGAACCUGCAUAUUAUUGAACAUAUUUUUCUUUUGUCUUUCUUGGUUUCUAUUCUUCAUGUCUUCCAUUGUGGAGCUCAGGGUGACAUUUGUGGGGCCACUGUGAGGUGUCUCACCCAGACCCAGUCCUGCUUCGUUUCAGCAAAGUUUCUGCUGAACAGUGGUACCUUGGGUUACAGACGCUUCAGGUUAUAGACUCCACUAACCCAGAAAUAGUACCUCAGGUUAAGAACUUUGCUUCAGGAUGAGAACAGAAAUUGCACAGCGCUGGUGCAUCGACAGUGGAAGGCGCCAUUAGCUAAAGUGGUACCUCAGGUUAAGAACAGUUUCAGGUUAAGAACGGACCUCCAGAAUGAAUUAAGUUCUUAACCCGAGGUACCACUGUAGCUACUCUUUAGAACAGAGGUUUUCAACCUUUUUGAGUCCACGGCUCCCUUGACCAGCGACAUUCUUUCUGAGGCACCCCUGUGGGGCCCAAGAGCCCAGUUAUGUCACCCCUUGCCUGCAGAGCUGGCAGCCUCUCACCCUUUUUCGAACACCCUUCCUUGUGGAGGGUUCCCUCAGCCUCCUCUCCCUGCUCCUUGGGAGUCCUCUGCCACCCCUGGUCUCUGAGCUACCCACCCCCUCCCCAAAUAGAGAUGCCUCCCAGAGGCAUCAUUCGCCUUCGGAGCAUAUAGCCAAGGCUGCUGCAAUAAACAUCAUCCAGCCCAGGUGCUGAGGUCCAGCGCCGAGGGCCUUCUGGCGGUACCCUCGCUGUGAGAAGUGAGGUUACAGGGAACCAGGCAGAGGGCCUUCUUGGUGGUGGCGCCCGCCCUGUGGAACACCCUCCCAGCAGAUGUCAAGGCAAUAAACAACUAUUUUAUUUUUAAAAGACAACUUCCUGUUUACGGAAGCUUUUAAUGUCUGAUGCUGUAUUGUUUUUAAUAUUCGCUUGGAAGCCGCCCAGAGUGGCUGGGGAAACCCAGCCAGAUAGGCGGGGUAUAAAUAAUAAAUUAUUAUAUUAUGCAAGCCUUUGGGAGACAGAGAUGUGAGAGGGCAGAGGAGGAGGGAGGGAAGAGGGACAGAGACCAGGGUUGCCCACGGCACCCCUGACCAUCAUUCUAGGCACCCCAGGGUGCCACAACACACUGGUUGAAAACCACUGCUUUAGAACAGGAGGUGCUCUGCAGGUGUUUCAGAACUUCAACUCCCAUCAUCCCCAGCCUGUGCGGGUGAUGGACAGGGAAGAGGGAAAAUGAAGUCCAUCAACAUCUGAAGAGCAGUUGCUUCCCCCCUGCCUUUAGAACAUGCCCUGUUUUCAUGAGACACAUUUCCAGAAAUGAACGCUCAGAAUUCAAAAUUGCUACUCUCUGUCUAACUACCUGUUUCGCUUCUCGUGCUCAGGAAGUUAUCAUCAGGAAGCAAAAAAAACUAAUGCUAUACUCGGGCCCAUUGCUUCUAAUCCUUGCUCAAUGACAGAGGAGGGAUAGAAUACAACCUGACCUAGGAGAAGGGAGAGAAGAGGAAAUUUGCAGCUGGGUGUGAAAUUUCAUCUGUGAUGGAGGAAAGAUGCAGAGAUGCACCUUGUAAAACUGUCUCUCUCCCUGGCAGAGAGCAGGCAGUCAGUUCUUUGAUUUGCUUCCUAAGCCCUAAGCACCCACCAUCUGUGUUAGGUGAAAUUCUCUCAUGCAGUUCUUGAAUUAUUUGCUUAAGCUGUCAUUACUAUAGGCUAUUAAAACUGUCCCUUCUGCUCAUACAGCUGUGCAUCUCCUUCUAGGAUCCUGAACAGGUGUUCCCUGAAAUAUUUUUAUAGCCCAAUCAACAGAGCAUCUAAUCUUCCUUUCAUUAGUUUGUUCGUUAAUGAUCCCUUUAGCUCAACAUUCGGUUUCCAAGAGCAGCCAGGCAGAUGCCAAAAAAGGAAGUUUAGAAGAGGACACGAUGGGGAGACCCAGCUCCCGAAGUUUUUGGCCCCUGGUAUUCGGAGUUUAUCUAACACUGGGCCUAGUACAGUGGUACCUUGGGUUACAGAUGCUUCAGGUUACAGACUCCGCUAACCCAGAAAAAGUACCUCGAGUUAAGAACUUUGCUUCAGGAUGAGAACAGAAAUUGUAUGGCAGUGGCGCGGCAGCAGCAGGAGGCCCCAUUAGCUAAAGUGGUACCUCAGGUUAAGAACAGUUUUAGGUUAAGAACGGACCUCCAGAACGAAUUAAGUUCUUAACCAGAGGUACCCCUGUAUCUAUAAUUUAGGAAGCCAGGUGUGGAAGUGCGGGACACCCAAAUAUAAUGCAGUGGUUUCAGAAUACUCUAUUUUUUUUUAAAUGAUAUUUAUUAAGUGGUUUCAGAAUACUCUAGGUUCCUCAGGUUUGCAGAAGUAUAACUUUUUUCCUUUUAAAAAAAUAUGAAAAAAAUUAUUCUAGGUUCCUCAGGUUUGCAGAAGUAUAACUUUUUUCCUUUUAAAAAAAUAUGAAAAAAAAUUAUUCCACAUAUAACAACAUCAUACAGAUAACCUAGCUUCUGGGUUAAGCUGGGAUAUUGCAUUGCAUAGUAUAUAUUUUUUGUAAUGUGUUAUUUUUAAAAAAGUAAAUUACAGUCUGGUAGGAAUCCGUGAACUCUCUGGACCAUUGAAUGUUAAGGCUGCCAGUCGAAGGGAAGAAGGAAAACAAAGGGAGGAUAUUUUGCCUCUGUGGUAACCUGGAGGGGAGGAUUAGGGUGUGUGACAAAGGAGAUUUGUUUUAUUCACUUAUUUAUAUAUUUCAGAGUUAAAUCCUGCUCUUCUUUCCCAAAGGGAAUCCAGGGCAUCUUGCAAUGAUAAAAUUACAUAAAACAAUUCAAAACAAUAUUGUAAUAUUUUGCAUUCAGCGGUUAAAACCAACAUAAUGAAAUAUAUUAAAACUGACCUGCAGAAUUGCGCAAGGGGAAUGCUCAUCAAAGCCAACCAUUAAUAUUUUACAGGACAGAAAUUAACAGAAUGAAAGUCGGUUUGGGUUUUGUUCUGCUAUUUACUUACUAUUUUUAAAUUACUGGAAGUUAAAAACGUUUCCGGAUUUAUUUUAAAUCACUCAAAGAUCUACAAAGAGAUCCCGUGUCCAUGCCUGUUCUAUGGAACUCAUAAGAACGUAUGAACUCUGUCCUUUAGAGCUGGUCACUUGAGGCUAGAGAAGAGCGAAGGUGGAUUCAGUCGAGAAACCACAGGCUAGCAGAUUGACUGAUCCCUUUCCAGGGUCUCUUUCAGCCCUGGACUUGUUUGUUUUUUUGGAAUGUGACAGGAAACUCAAUGCAGAUGGAGAGAGUUUGUUUAGAAUUCUCAAUUUAUCUUUCCAAUGGCACAAGAAAAGAAAAGAAAAACACACACAGCAGUAUGACUCUUGUCAGUCAGAGAAUUUCCUGAAUAGUUGCAGUGGAAAGUAUUUACAGGGCAAAAGAAUGAAAUGUGAUCCUUCUUUCAGAGAGACUUGGCAGGGAGGAUUUGGGGUUGGUUGUCAGGUUAAUUUUAAAGGACACAUCUGGACCAUACAAUUAAAGCACCCCAAUACCACUUUAAACAGUCAUGGCUUCCCCCCCAAAGAAUUCUGGGAACUGUAGUUUGUUAAGGGUGCUGAGCGUUGCCGGGAGACCCCAUUCCCCUCCCAGAGCAACAAUUCCCAGAGCUCCCUGGGAAAAGGGAUUGAUUAAGUCACUGUGGAAAUCCAUUGAUUCCAGUAAGCCUACUCUGAGCAUGUUGGGUGUUGAUCUCUAAUUCAGUUUGUGCACUGACUCACAACUCCAGCUCACUGCCAAUCCAAAUAGUAAACAUUAUCAGAACAAUGCAGUCCUAUGCAUGUUUACUUGGAAGUAAUUCCCACUGUGCUCAGCAGAGAUGACUCCCAGCAAAGUGUACAGAGAAUUGUAGACUGAAUGUGUGUUGAGUUGCACUGGAUCUUCUUUAAGUGGAGUAUGACAUGCAUUGAGGGUCCUUAUACAGUACAGUGGUACCUCAGGUUAAGAACUUAAUUCGUUCCGGAGGUCCGUACUUAACCUGAAACUGUUCUUAACCUGAAGCACCACUUUAGCUAAUGGGGCCUCCUGCUGCCGCUGCGCCACCGGAGCACGAUUUCUGUUCUCAUCCUGAAGCAAAGUUCUUAACCCGAGGUACAAUUUCUGGGUUAGUGGAGUCUGUAAUCUGAAGCGUCUGUAACUUGAAGCGUCUGUAACCUGAGGUACCACUGUACUUGUACUUCAAAGACCAUACUCAUAAAAAUAGGACAAAACCAUUUCCCGUCCCCGGGGAGAUGACGUUGUGGGCUGGGAGCAAGCCCUCCCCACGCAGAUGGGGCGGGAUAGCCCCUGCACCAUUGGUUGGUCCUAAGCUGUGUCAACCCAGGGCUGUCCAAUCCGGACGGUCCAGGGGCAUGGUGCGGGCUAUUUAAACUGCCCACGGCCAAGGGCAAGUUCCUUUUCUCCCUGCUUGGACAGUUCUCUCCCCCCCCCCCUUAGGUUAGGCUCUUUAUCUCCUGACCUUGCUAUGGACUUUGGUUAGUCGCCUGUUUUUUAACAGGGGCCUGGUAGGAAUUUUUUCCGCUUGGCAAAUUGGCAUCAGCCAUUUGGUUUUUCGCAAUUCGUCACAACUUUGUAAGGUUUGGCAGUUAGGCACUGCAGUAUUAGGUUGAAGGUGAGGGGAGGUAGUCGCCAUCAUUUACCCCUCCUAUUUCAAGGGUAUUCCGUUAAAGGAAUCUGAGGGGUGUGGUCCCUGUCCGAAGCCCCCGACGGGGGGCUAGGGCCAUGGCACGACCCCUAGCGGUGACCCUGGGGGAGUUCCUAGUUGAUGUACAUCAGCAGGGCUCCCCCUUCUGGUGGUUAACCCUUCCAAGACUCCUGCAGACGGGCAGGAGUCAGAUAUAGCCGUGUGGUUUCCAGUGCCUAAGCCAAUACCACUCACAUUCUGUAACCAACAAAGUUGUGGCAUUUUUCGUCCAUUAACCUAAAAUACUGUUUCAUGUGUCUUUAUUCCACUUCCUGGGAGGGUUUGGGACCUUGCCACGCAAUGAAGAUUAAUUCUAUAGAACGCCCAGUUAUGGAUCAUUUUGACUAUUAAGUCUUUUCCAAAUAUGUCCCAAUUAGUUCUAAGUCAUUGAGAAAGGUUUUCAAAGAAAUAUUCCUUGGGAAGUGUGCCCAAAUAAAUCCCCCCUGUUCAGCUUACUUACUGAUCAGCUAAAAUAAUUCUUACCAGCUCCUGAUGAACAAUUAGAAUUUUUUGGACCUAUUCUCCAAAGAAAAUUGCUUUGAGAACACUUUCCCAAGGACUUGGGACUAAUUGGGAAAUAUUUGAAAAAGGCUUGGCAGUUGAAACAGAUCCAUAACUGCUUGUUCCUUAGUAUUAUGUUCAUUGUUCUAUUUUCAUGUGUUAGUUCUUCCAAGUACAUUGCAAGUAUAUUUAUAUAUUGGUAGGUUUUACUGCUUGCUUCUUUAAGUACAGCCAGUUCCACUGCGAGAUUAAAUAUGCUUAAGCAUUCUUGGUUUUUAUUUAAAGAGAACGAUUACAGCCCACUUAAUAAAACGUCUGCUUCAGAAGCCAAUAGGAAAGAGGUUAAAUUGUAAAGUUUAGGGUGCAUAGCAGACAAAAAAUAAACUUCAGGGUUUCUGUGUGUGUACAUGUGUAGCCUGUGAGGCUGCUUUGUCAUUGGUAUAGACAGUACUGAGUUAGACGGACUAAUGUUCUUCCACCUGGGGUUCACAGAAGUGGACUACAACUCCCAUCAUCCUUCACCAUUGCGCUAAGCUGGCUAUGGAUGAUGGGGGACCCCAGGUUGAAGAACACUGGCCUACAGGCUUCCUUCUCCCUGCCCUACCUGGAGAUGCUGAGGACUGGACUUGGGUCUUUCUGCAUGCACAGCAGGUGUUUUACCAUGGAGCAAUGGUCCUUCCCCAAAGAGAAAGAGGUGGCAGAAGUGGGGUGGUGGAACCGGGAGUGUGAGAAUAGGGUUAUAAAAUAUUACACAAAGUGGUGUCGAUGUUCAGCUGUAAAAAUGUUGAAUGGUAUGUGGUUAGAGUGUUGGACUAGAGAACAGUGGCAAGAAAAAUUGAGGGACUAUGUGGAACUGGCAAAAUUGACACAUAAACUAUGUGACAAGGACAACUGUGACUUUAAAGAAGAAUGGGAACCUUUUACAAAGUACUUAAAGAAACAACAAAAUGAAUUGGACUCCUUGGCAGGUUUUGAAUAAACAUACACAAAUUUAUUUGUUAACAUAAUAGAUGGAUAAUUUAGAGAUUUUUACAUUUUUUUAAUAUGCAGAGAACAAUAUGUGAUGAUAAAUCAGAGAGUGGAGCUGAGGGAAGUUGUAGGGUGGAGGGGGCAUGAGGGAGGGGGAGGGGGAAAUGGGGGGGAAAUAUAAUGGUUGAAAUAAUUUGUUAUGUGAAAAUAAUCAAAAAAAUUCAAAAAAAAAAGAGUGUUGGACUAGGCUCUGAGUGGUUUAGGGUUCAAAUCCCCAAUCAGCCACGAAGCUCACUGGGUGACCUCUGGCCAGUUACCGUCUCUCAUUCUAACCUAAUGGGCUGGGCUGUUGUUAGGAUAAAAGGAAGAUGGGGUAAUAAUAAAUAAUAAUAAUAAAUUUUUAUUUAUACCCCGCCCUCCCCGGUCAAGACCGGGCUCAGGGUGGCUAACACUGAAUAUAAAUACAGUAAAAACAUUUAUAAAACAACAACAGUUGAUUAAAAUAUAAGUUAGAAUACAGCUUAAAAUGCAGCCUCAUUUUAGUGGUAGCCUAUAGAUCAAAGCCAUAAGGGGAGAAAACGUCAAAUAUUCACCGGGGCCAACAAUCAAUGCUGGUCCUACAUGGGCCAGCAAAAAGAGCAGAGGGAAAAUUUAUAUACAAAUCCCAUAUAAGGGGUUCCAUCAAAAAAAUAAAUGAGAGGGGGGGUUAGGUUGAGUCCAGCCCAAAGGCCAGGCAGAACAGCUCCGUCUUGCAGGCCCUGCGGAAAGAUGUCAAAUCUGGCAGGGCCCUGAUCUCCUGCGGUAGGGCAUUCCACUAGGCCGGGGCCAGAGCUGAAAAGGCCCUGGCCCUGGUUGAGGCCAAUCUAACCUCUUUGGGGCUCAGGACUUCCAAAGUGUUGUUAUUUAUGGACCUUAAGGUGCUCCGCAGGGCAUUCCAGGAGAGGUGGUCCCGUAGGUACGAGGGUCCUAGGUAUGAGGGUUGAGCCACAUAUGGCACCUUGAGCUCCUUGGAGGAAAUGUGGGGUGAAAGAACAAUAAUACAGUGAUGAACCAGGCCUUUUGCCUGCCAAAUGUGGUGUCAUUUUACCCAUUGGCCUAGUGACAGACAAAUUCAUGUCGGUCACCGUUUCCUUUGCUUGUCCCUGCAGGAGCGGCCUCAUCCUGUCCUGACCUGGAUCCAGAGCUGGAACUCUGGAACCCUGGGCAUGACGAAGAUAACCAGGUGAACAUCAGCGAAGGCCGGAAGCUCCUCUUAUCAUCUUCUGCCACAGUCCAUUCCAUCAACAUCACAAAUGGAGGUAAGCUUAGCUUGACAAAAACAAAGUUAAUAGUUGGGUAAAUUGGCUGUGGCCUUGGAGGGAAGCCUAUGCAAAAAAAUAAAAUAAAUUUUCAAAGCAGCUUACACACACUCAGGAUUGAAUGCUUCACCUCUACACACACAUACAUGAAAAUAAAUCCACUUAAUAGGCAGCGUAUCCAGGAGAAACCCAGGUUUGGGAUGUUGCGGUGCAUAAGAUUUGAUCAGCUAUGUUGUGUGCAUCUGAACUUGUUUUGCUUUUCUGGCUGGGGAAAUUGCAAAGGCGACCCAACAUGUUUGAUCACUGCUGCUUGGUGACUUCCUCUUUCGACGCCCUGCUAAUUAUGCACUGUCCAUGUAAUUACAAGAUGGGGCAGAGGCACAAACUGCUAUAAAAAGGCACCCUGGUGCUGUCAGCCGUGGCUGGUAGCGUCAACCAACGCUAUCCAUGUGAGCUUUUUGCUUCACAAGUGCUUCUCUGCUUGUCGAACAACAUGGCUCACAUUGCAUCAGUCGAUUUGCAUGGAGGAGGACUUGGAGAGGAUUAGUACUGCCCUGGACGCACUCUGGCAUGCUGCCUUUAAAACUCUGAUUCAAAGGUCUUACUUGCAAUGUUGAAAUAGACUCUUAUUCUGUCCUUGAGACUGACCAAUGCUUCUUUGCCUUUGUUGAGCAGGGCCAACAUUAAGAAGCAAGGCCAGGGAUAUUCCUAUUCUGUGCCAACAGCUUAAAGCAGAAUUGAGCACUUUGAAACGCUCAGCUUUCAGAGGAUUUAUUUAUUUUUAAACAAGUUCCUUGUCUUUAUGGCAAAGUGUGGGGCUAUUUGCCUCCUGAAAUUGCAAGAGGUUGGUUUGGCGAGUGGGAGGUGCUGAGUAAGACAUCCUAUGAUGUGAUGGUAGAUUUCUCCUCCCUGUGACUAUCGGAAGCAAAAUAACAUAUCUAUAUAAUUUAAUAUUUGUUGGUGUCAGAAUUCAGGUUUUCUUAGUGCAAAACAGACACUGAAUCAGGGCUAUAAGAAAGGCAUAGGCAAACUCCGGCCCUCCAGAUGUUUGGGACUACAAUUCCCAUCAUCCCUAGCGAACAGGACCAGUGGUUAGGGAGGAUGGGAAUUGUAGUCCCAAACAUCUGGAGGGCUGGAGUUUGCCUAUGCCUGCUAUAAGCCAUGGGCUGAAGAAGAAAACAGCCCUGAUGUUCCCAAGGUGCAAAUAUCGAGGCUCGAAAGCAGAUUGCAUAGAUGUAUUCACAGGGGGGAAAGGUGUUAAUCCACCUCAGGCAGCAAAAUGGUUGGGGCCAGCCCUGACAACACCACAUUCACACGUGAAACGUGUUUUCUAGCCUGUACUGAAAGUUUGAGAUACACAGAGCCUUCCUUUGUCCGUGGAAAUCUUUGUCUGACUCAAUAUAAGUCAGCUUCCAAUGUACCUACAGCAGAUUUUUUUUAAAAUUAAAAAAUCAGAAAGGACCCAAUAUGGGGUUUUUCACAGUUAAAGCAAUAAAGACAUGGUUACGCUGUGCCUUAUUAAAAGUGGCAAAAUUAGGAAACCCAAACUCAGGUAGUAAAUAAAAGGAUACUCUGAAUUCUGGUUGAUUUAAAUCUUACCACACCACCAAAGCAAAACUCUUUUUUUCCCCCCUUCAGGAAAGCUAGUGAUUAAAGACAACACAAGCCCUAUUGUUUUGCGCACUCGACAUAUUUUGAUCGAAAAUGAUGGAGAGCUUCAUGUCGGGAGUGAGAGCUGUCCUUUCCGGAGCAACCUGACAAUCAUCUUGUAUGGGCGGUAUGUAAUUAGACAGACUUCAUCCCAUAAUUUUGAAGAUUAGGCUUCCUAGGCCCCUUAAACACACACACACACACACACACACACACACACACACACUGGUCCAAGCUCCCUCAUGAGCUCUUGGCAGGAGAGUUGCUAUGGUGGUGUUGGCAUAAAGACAAUGGCUCUGAGGCGCUAAUCUCCCGAGAGGUAUCUGGGAGUAUAGUAGCAGGACAAAGACCACACCCAAAAUCUAACAGGUUUAUAAACACAUUGUGAACCACAAACCAUUUAUCCCAAGUACAGAAAGCACAGGAAGGAUUAUCUGUGGGUUAUCGUAAAAAUUAAACCACAUCCAGGACAAUGAUAAAAGCAUAAGGUUGCAUCUACUAGCAGUCAUACUAAGAGUAGACCCACUUGAAUGACUAGGCCUAAUUAACUUGGGUCUAUAACUUGGGUCUAUUAAUUUCAGUCGGGACGCAGGUGGCGCUGUGGGUUAAACCACAGAGCCUAGGAUUUGCUGAUCAGAAGGUCGGUGGUUCGAAUCCCCACGAUGGAGUGAGCUCCCGUUGUUCAGUCCCUGCUCCUGCCAACCUAGCAGUUCGAAAGCACAUCAAAGUGCAAGUAGAUAAAUAGGUACUGCUCCGGCAGGAAGGUAAACGGCGUUUCCGUGUGCUACUCUGGUUCACCAGAAGCGGCUUAGUCAUACUGGCCACAUGACCCGGAAGCUGUCUGCGGACAAACGCCAGCUCCCUUGGCCAGUAAAAUGAGAUGAGCACCGCAACCCCAGAGUCGGUCACGACUGGACCUAAUGGUCAAUGGUCAGGGGUCCCUUUACCUUUACCUAUUAAUUUCAGGACUUUAUUGGAUGCCACCUGUACAUUUCAAACAAUGCAUAUUAUCAUGAUGGUGUGAUUUUUGGACACCGUUUCAGAUGCAAACAAAUACUAAUUCAGAGUAGCCAAGGAACAGCAGCAAAUGCUUAGUUGUUUAAUUUAGUAUUAUCAUUAUUCUGUUACUGUCUAGGAGAGGCGCUUAUGGGGUUUUCUGCCUCUGGUGCCAAAAUAACUUGGCCCACCUUGUGUAUAAUGCGCUCCAGCUAGGAGGAAGGCUCAAUGUGCUGAUCUGCCACAGGCAGCAAAAUGUUCAGAGACGGCCCUUACAAUUCCACAUUCACCUGUGAUGUCUUAUUUCCUUCAAGGAACCAAUACUUAAAGCAUGUCGCUUUUCAGAAGAUCUAAGCAAAAUAUGAGUACUACCAAGAUCUAGCUAGAUGGUUAUAAAUUCUGUAGACCUUCACAUUUGUAUUUAUGUACUCAAAUGAUCUAGUUUUUCUUUAACCCCGUAGUGCUGAUGAUGGCAGCCAACCAGACAGUUACUUUGGAAAGAAGUAUAUUGGGGUGAUCGAUGGUGGGACUCUUGAGGUCCAUGGUGAGAAGAAACUAUCAUGGACUUUCCUAAACAAGACCCUGAACCCAGGUGGCAUGCAAGAAGGAGGCUACUACUUUGAACGAAGCUGGGGACAUCGUGGUGUUAUUGUCCAUGUCAUUGACCCGAACACAGGGACAGUUGUCCAUUCUGAUCGGUGAGUCCAUCUCUUAAUUCCAAUUCUACUCAGUUUCUCUUUCUUACAGUCUUAAGAGCAAUUCUCCACAUUUCCACAUCAAUCUGAUUUUUUUUUAAGUCCUCAUGAAACCCACCAGAAUUUUAAUUGUGUGUAUGUCCCCCCGAAAAUACACAUUUGUUUACGCAGUUUUUGCAAACGAUUUCCCCUAACACAAUAUAUUUCUGUUAUUAUGUUAUUUUCACAAAUAGAUGCAUUUUGAUAGACCCUUUACUCUAGUGUGUGCAUUUCCAUACACAAUGCUUGGCCAGAGAGCUGGAUUGCAAAAUUCAGAGAAGUGUGAAUUUUGAAGGAUGGCUGUGAUUUAGUCUACACAGGGUCCCUUCAAACUCUUAUGAUUCUAUAAUUAUAUAUCACAAAACAUACUGUUUCAUAAAGUGCAAUUUGGGCAUUUGAAUGUGAACCAACUUGAAUUUCUCUCCACCCCACGUUAAAUGUGAAUGUUUUAAUCAGCAUAGACGAAUUUUACCAAGUGCUACUUUAUCUUUUCUUUGUGCUCUUUGUAGCUGAACCCACUGGGAUCUGUACCUGUAUAGAGUACAGCUUUAGCUGACAUAGGUCCUUAAUAUAUGCGUGCUCAAAAAAUGGGGCGAUCCCCCUCCCACACGCUUCUUUUUCCAAUUGCCACACUAGCAGCAUCUAAGGAGAAUGCUAGUAAUGGGACUCUCUAGGAAUUCUCUGUGUUGAUUUAUUGGAUACUUUACUGCACGUACAUGAAACAGAUGUAUACCCAGAUGGGCUGAUAAGGCCCUAUUCUGCCGUGGCUCCUUCUCUCAGGAAUUCACUCAUCUUCUGGAGGUCAGACGUGAGUCAGCCAAGCAUGCCGCCCCCCUUGGGGAAUGAAGACUUUUCCUGGAGGAAUGAUUGCUUUAAUGUACUGCUGCUUGCUUAGGCUGCUGACUUCAGAGCCGUGAUAUUGUGCUUCUACCUGGACAGUAGAAACAUCAGGUGGUUCAUAGCUCCAAAACGAAGGAAUGAGCAACCUACAAGUCACAUUUUUAGACUGUGUGGACAAGCCCUGUGUAUUGCUAAUGAGCUUUUGUGUACUGCAUUAAUGAUUCUGCUUGUGAGACACAUUGGCAAGCCCUGUAAAGCAUUGGGUCCCUUCAAACUAAGAGGGGCUUUUUGAGGGUAUGUUCCGCAACGUGUCACUGACGUAGUAAUAGGGCCUGGGUGGUGGAUUUAUACUGGCCCAUCCACACAUAAUUCCGCUUCAUUAGUUGUUCUGUGAUGCUUCCAUGGGGUUGUUGCAUUAUUGCUGUCCGAAGGGGCACUCAUGCGCUACAGCAUAGCAAGAGCUGGACAAAAAAAGAAACUAGAACAUUUGUGGUGUAAAUAGUUACAGGAUUUCAGCAGGAAGUUGCAGGGUAUGCACUGAUUGGAAAUGAAUGUAUUGGUGGUAAGGAAAAAAUACCACCAAAGUACUCUUUGGUGGUGGGACGCGGGUGGUACUGUGGUCUAAAGCACUGAGCCUCUUGGGCUUGCCGAUCAGAAGGUUGGCGGUUCAAAUCCCCGCGAUGGGGUGAGCUCCCGUUGCUCGGUCCCAGCUCCUGCCAACCUAGCAGUUUGAAAGCACGCCAAAAAAAGUGCAAGUAGAUAAAUAGGUACUGCUCCGGCAGGAAGGUAAAUGGCGCUUGCGUGUGCUGCUCUGGUUUUGGUGUUCCGUUGUGCCAGAAGCGGCUUGGUCAUGCUGGCCACAUGACCCUGAAAAAAUGUCUGAGGACAAACGCUGGCUCCCUUGCCCUGUAAAGCGAGAUGAGCGCCACAACCCCAGAGUCAUCUGUGACUGUUCUUAACUGUCAGGGGUCCUUUACUUUUUCCCACCUUUGGUGAGUGAACCCCAGCAGAGAUUUAAAGUCACAAAAUAUGAAGCAAAGUAAAGCAUGGAAGUAUUAGACCUUUAAAAUAUGCCCCAGUGAAGUCCAGAAUUACCCUCUUUUUCCUGCAUAGGAAAAUAUCACAUGUUUAGUAAGCUAAAAAUGGUUUACUUACAAACUCUCCAGAGGUCAAAUUCAUGUGCUUUUCCACCCAGCAUUAAGUGUAGGUCGCACAGGCAGUAAAACUUGGCUUAGUUAUAGCAGUGAAAGUUCCCAAGCUAUUGGUAUAGGAACACAAGAAUGGCUUCUCAGGUAGACUGAGUAAGAUAAGGUGAGCUAAGCGUGGCAGGACAGCUUACUUUGUGGUCUUCAACCUUUCAUUUUGUCUUAUUACUUGUUUCCAGCUAUAUCUAUAGAUGGAUCUAUGGUGGCAAACUGCUGUUAAUGUGCUCCUGCCUGUUUCUUUAGGUUUGACACCUACAAACUCAAAGGUGAAAGCAUCAGACUCGUCCGGUAUUUGAAUGCAGUUCACAACGGCAUGAUCCUGGCAGUUGCGGUCAAUGAUGAAGGAUCCAAAAAUUUGGAUGAUUCAGCCAGGAAAGCAAUGACCAGACUGGGCAGCAAGCAUUUCCUCCACCUUGGUUUUAGGUAGGAGUCUGGCCUGCCAACGUUACCAACACAGAGGCCCCAUUGUAUCCUGCCUGUACCUAAAAUAAUUCUGCGUCCCCACCCCCCACCCCCAAUAGCAAAAACAUCUCACAUAGUGAUUUUCCCCUCUUCUUGCCACUUGGAGUGUUCAGAAGUUAAUUAGAUAGUUUGAAAGAGAUUCAGUAGCUCAGCUGAGCAUGUUUCAGUAUGAGACUUGAGAACUUACUGCCCAACUUGGUGGAAAAGCCAUAGUGACAGAGCACUUAUUUUGCAUGCAAACAUUUUCAGGUUAAAUGGCUUGGCAUCUCUGGGUUCCUCUGAAAGCUUGGAGCGCUGCUGACAGGUCAAAGUAGGGAUUUUCCAGAUGACCUGUUUGUUGAGUCUUCAACCUGAUUUGCUUGCAUAAAGCUGACAUGGAGGUUAGACUAUGGACUCAGCUAGAUUGGUAAAGAAAAAGUGUUUUAUAUGUGUUGUAUAUGCGAUAUAACACUGUGACACCAGAUGGCGCUGUGGAGUCCCAUCUUUCCCUACCGGAUCUCCCUGUAUGAGUUUACAAUGCAUUGAACUGAAUCACUUCUUUGAUGUAUUUGGAUCCAGCCUAUAUCCACUCUUUACUGAUCAUUCAUCCUGAUUUCUUUGCCGCAUUCUUCUCCUAACCAUGAAUCAUUUGCUCAUCCCACGUUUUUGCAAUGCAUUUCUUUGUCACUUUUGCAACUGCAAAAAGUCAGUUUCUUUUCUGGAUUUGCUGCGCUAGCGUGACACCGCACUUUAUUCUGCUUUAUUUGCAUACACCUAAAUUUCCAAGUGGGACGCAGGUGGCGCUCUGGGUUAAACCAUAGAGCCUAGGACUUGCCAAUCAGAAGGUUGGCGGUUCGAAUCCCUGCGACGGGGUGAGCUCCCGUUGCUCGGUCCCUGCUCCUGCCCACCUAGCAGUUCAAAAGCACGUCAAAGUGCAAGUAGAUAAAUAGGUACCACUCCGGCGGGAAGGUAAACAGUGUUUCUGUACGCUGCUCUGGUUCGCCAGAAGUGGCUUAGUCAUGCUGGCCACAUGACCCGGAAGCUGUACGCCAGCUCCCUCAGCCAAUAAAGCAAGAUGAGCAUCGCAACCCCAGAGUCGGCCACGACUGGACCCAAUGGUCAGGGAUCCCUUUACCCUUUACCUUAAAUUUCCAAGUAUGCACUUGGAUCGCUUCCACCGAAUACUAAUAGCCUGGAGGUGCCCAUAUGCAAUACUGAGCUAGAUAGAUCAGGGGUCUGACUGUAUCAGGCCGGCACCGAUUCACCCCCUGUGCCCCACCCGGCUGCUCUUCUCCAAAAAAGACCGAGCUGCAGGAAGUCUAGCCACAUCAGCUAAGUAUCAACCUUCUUGAUACCCACAGGCCUGGACAUCUCAGGUGGUUCUUCCUCUCAGGCAUGCCUGCUGCUCUUGGCAAGUAGGGCUGCAAACUUACCUGCGAGUUAGCAAUACUGUGCACCAUAGGGCUUACUUCCAAGUAAACAUGCAUAGACUCGCACUGUAAGAGACCGUGCCCUGUAUUAACUAUAUGGGCCAUAUUUUUGCCUGCCUUCUUUUGUGUGUGUGUUUGUUUUUCUCUCUCUCUCCAUUCUGAUUUAAUCAAAUGGAUCUCAUUUGAUGUGUUCAGGUUCCAACAGAGAACAAAAAAACAACAAUUUUUUAAAAAAAUCUCCUGGCAUUUUAAGCAAUUGACAUGCCCUUUCUCCCACCAGCCCACCCCGCUCAUUUGGAGGGAGAUCAUAGCUUUCCAAAUGCCUUUGCCAUGUGGUAUGAAGCAAACAUUUCCAGUAGUUGCACCUGGCCCCCUGGCAGAUCUGUCUCAAGAACUUCAUCUUUGCAGCUUCCAUUGGGUUUGCUGCACAGGGUUGCAAGGAGUGAAGCUUAGAGACAGUGAUGGCUGGGGCCCAUUGCAGCCAGUAGGGUGGAAAGCAGGGAGGCCAACAGUAGGUGGCGCCAGAGCCAACGACAGGUGGAGACAACUGAUUCUAGUGUUGUCCUUCCUGCUGAGUUCUGCAAGGGGGGAAGCUGAGACUAAGGAGGAGGAUGUUUGUUCCAACACAGAGAAGUCUCCAGUGCACAAACUCUAGUUCACAAGUUCACAAGGGAAUGUUUGUCCAAUAUGUCUUCUGGGACCCUGAAAGUAUCCUAGACGACCUAUAGACUUCAAGACUUUGCACAUUUGCAACGUGGCUUAUAUAUAUAUAUAUAGAGAGAUAUAUAUAUAUAUAUAUAGAGAGAGUGAAACUGGUUGAUCAAGUGAUCUGCUUAUAGCCCAUUCCCAAGCACGAACUGCCAAGAUUAUCCAGUCCUUGUUUGUGCCUGUUCUAUGCAAUCCGUACUCUUCUGCUAAUGUUCUUAGCGAUCUCCAAAGCUGUGCCCAAGAAUGCCAGCAGCCAUGAAAAAGCACAUAUUGCUCACCUGGAGUUGAUUAGAACAUGUAAACCUAAUUCCUAAAUCAUAUAUAUAUAUAUAUAUGUAUAUGUAUAUGUAUAUAUAUAUAUAUAUAUAUAUAUAUAUAUGUUUUAUUAGUUUUCCAAUAAUAGCCAAAUUAUGACAAUAACAAUUAAUUUCUAAUUCCUAAAUCUCCAGCAUUUCAAGAGAACUGGCAAGCAUAGAUUCAUCUGAGGCCCUUUAAAACAACAGCAGAUUGCCAGCUAAUCAAUAAAAUGCGAUGCAUUGAGCAUUCCCGCUAAUACCCUUUUUGUAUUUCGUCGCAUCUUUUGCCAAAUCUAGAUUCUUUUAAAGGCCAUAGAGUGGAGGCCAACUAUUUUCCGUUUCUUAGACAUUCAUUUCUGCAGAACUCUGUCACAUAAUGAGUUCUUUAUGGGUCUGACCCUCAAACAACUUUCUCUGGAGGAUCAUCAGUGAGCUUUUAACAAGCUUCCCCUCCCAAGUUUGAAUGUUUCGUCGUUUUCAGACUGCCCAGGUUUAUGUUCGUCUGGCAUUUGCAAGGUUGGAUUCUCAGUUAAAAGCGGGAACUAUGUUACGAGCUGAAGGAAAUAAGGGGCAUCUGAACAAGGAAAAGGAUUCCUUGUCAGUAUCUUUUCUUCUUAGUUGGAAAAAACGAGGUAGAAAAGGGCAUUAUAUAACUUGACAGAUUUCAUAAAUCAGGUUGGCUGGGCAGCUUUGAAAUGAAGUAUUCUAAUAGACUGCACACUUCUUUAUGCUGUACAUAAAUAAAUAUGAAAUACGUUUUUUCUUUUGAUUUUCUAGGCAUCCUUGGAGCUUUAUUACAGUAAAGGGGAGCCCUUCCUCUUCUGUUGAAGACCACAUAGAGUACCAAGGUAAUUAAAAGUAAAUAGAUCCUUGAAACUGGAGGUUGAAAUUAGUCUCUCUUUUUUUGGAAUAAAUUUUAUUAGGGUUUAUAGAGAAUAAUACAAAACUUGAUGUGAAAUAUUUUUUUUCUUCCUUUUCGUCCAAAUUAAGACUUUGAUAUAAAUACAAUAAAAACAUAAAGGGUGUGGGGAGAGAAAGGAUUAAAGAAAGAGAAAGAGAGAAAUAAAGAAAAAGAAAUAAAAAGAGGUUUAAAGGAGGAGGGAGAAAAUCGGAAGGUAAGGAACUUCCGAUUCUUUGUCCACUACAUAUAAACAGUAUUCACUUCAUCCACUCCAAUAUUACACACAACAAAGCCACUUUCUAGAAACAAACAGUAUCUUCAAUCCUCAAUUGCAAAUGUCAUUAUUUCAUUUUCUUUUUCACAUGAAAACUCUAUGAGAAGUUUCCACAAAUUAGUCAUUCUGACCAGAAUGGUUUCCACAGUACAUGCAUUGACCUGGGCAAAUAUAAUCUGAAACCAUGGUUUGUGCAAAUCAUAAUUAAGAACCCACACCAUGGGGUUGAUCCAGGCUGCCACUUUCCCCUGGGGGGAAAAAAGAUCUUUACCACUGAAUCAGAGCAAAUGUCAAUCGGAUUUUCCACAGAUCAAAGUUUCCUCUGUUUCAGUGCUUAAAGAGCAGGUUUUCCAGGGGAAAGUGGGAGGAUGAACAAAAAGCUGCUCAUAUCUCUGCAGGGACAAGCAGAGGUGUGGACAAGUCAAUCGUUUGAGCUUCCAGACAACAGAGCAGGCAAAUCAAGGUUCAGAGCUGCUUGCCUGCUUUCGGAUCCUAUCUCCUCAGGACUAAGCUUCAUCAGUUUACUUCUGUUGCUCAUAGUGCAAUAGCUCUUGAGGUAGAACAGGGGCCCUUUCAUUGGAAAGCCUGUAAAUUCAGAUGUGGCAACAGCUCCAGUUUGCAGACCAGACUCAAACUGUGGUUUUAGUUUGUCGGCCCUAAAUAAACCACAGCUUGUGGGCAGGUUUGGGUUCAGACAUAAAGCGAAACCGCAGUUCAUCUAAACAAACCUUGUUUUCGUGGCGCACCUGAACCCAGAUGUUGUCCUCCCUUUUGCACUCCCAACUUCAUAGCUAGUAGGAAGUUCCAGGUUUUACGGAGCCCAUUUCCUUGCAGGGAGAGUGCACCAUGACUUGCCUUCGUAACAGGUGUGGGAGUACAAAAUAUACAAGCCGUGGAUGGGAGGACAGGCAGGCGUGCAAGGAGGGCAAUGAAGGAAGAGUUGUUUCCCAAACGCAGACAGCACACAUGAAUGCAGACACAAAGGUGUUUCCCAAAGUUCUUCCUCCUUCCUGGUUCCCUUUAAAAAACAAACAAAACAAAAACCAACCUGUCAAAUUGUUUCUCUCCCAGAACCUGCAAGAAACUAGUAGUGGAAAACUGCUCAUCCUUUUAGAUGUUUCUAAAGGCCGCAUUUCGAGUGGUUGGAAAAUGCAGUUUUCCCUCCAGGACCUCUUGAGGCAAAGACGCCUGGAUUUCUUGCAAAAGCUAAAUGAAUGUGUUAUCUAAGAAAGAUGAAUUGGAAUGGAACUUUCCAUGUGCCCUUACUGCUGUAUUGUUAAGACGUUCUUGCAGAAGGAAGUCAAGGGGGACUUAUUCUGGAGCUAGAAUAUGAUGAGUGGGUGGGUGGGGGAGAGAAUCUCUAAUUCUCCACCCUGAUUAUUUGUGCUGAUUUUGCAGACUCUCCCUUUCAGCAGGGGAGCAAACACCCCAUAAUGGAUGGGAGGAAUGAGGCCAAGAUCUAGCACUUGUGUUUGAAAUGUUGCAGGUACUUACCAAACCAGUCCUAAAUCCCAAGAGGAGAAGGAAUGUUGAAGUGUCGACAGCUUCUCCGUACUCAUCCAGAAGGGCUGGGGCUGCUAGUAACUUCUUGUACUUUGCCUUUUGCAGGACACCGAGGCUCAGCCAUUGCCAAGGUCUUCAAACUCUUCCAAGCAGACAAUGGAGAGCAUUUCAAUGUGUCUUCAACCAGUGAGUGGGUUCAAGGUGAGGCCUCACCCCCACCCCUGCCACCAUCACUAUUUUUCAGUAGCCUGAAGCGUAGGGAGAUCCACAAUGCACAUUUAGGGCACAUUCAACACACUUUUAAAGUACAUAAAAAGGUAAAGGGACCCCUGACUAUUAGGUCCAGUCGUGGCCGACUCUGGGGUUGCGGCGCUCAUCUUGCUUUAUUGGCCGAGGGAGCUGGUGUACAGCUUCCAGGUCAUGUGGCCAGCAUGAUUAAGCCGCUUCUGGCGAACCAGAGCAGCGCACGGAAACCUUCCUGCCGGAGUGGUACCUAUUUAUCUACUUGCACUUGACGUGCUUUCGAACUGCUAGGUUGGCAGGAGCUGGGACCGAGCAACAGGAGCUCACCCCGUUGCAGGGAUUCGAACCGCUGACCUUCUGAUCGGCAAGUCCAAGGCUCUGUGGUUUAACCCACAGUGCCACCCAUGUCCCUACAUAGCUUCCCCCAAAGAGUCCUACAAGCUACAGCACCCAGCAUGCUCAACAAACUGCAAUUCCCAGGAUUCUUUGAGGGAGGUCAUGUGGAUUGAAUGUGCUAUAUAACUGUAUGGUUAUAUGAUCAGCCUGUGCAGGCAGCAGUUUGGAAUCCUCUCCCUUGUUGCAUAAAUCAUUCCUUCAGAGCUAGGGGUAGGUCACCUUUUCGGGCAUGAUGGCCACAUUCCCCUGGGUGGCAGUAGGUGGGACCAAUGUAAAUAAAAAUAAAAAUGGGUGGAGCUAAUGUAAAAAGUGGGUGGUCAGUCCUCUCCCUCUUUCCCCAUUCAUCAGUUCAUUCUCUCUCUCUCUCUCCUCUAGGCUUUCAUUGCAGCAGGGCAGCAAAAUGGCCUCUGAAUAACUAUGAAUUAACUAUGGCCACAUUCACAUCAUACAUCUAAAGUGCUGUAAUCCCACUUUAAACACUCCUGGUUUUCCCUGAAGUAUUCUGGGAGCUGUAAGGGCAUUGAGAAUUGUUAUCAGACCCCUAUUUCCCUCACUGAGCUAUAAUCCUCCAGUGUUCCCUUUGAAGAGGAAUUGAUCGUUAAACCACUCUGAGAAUUGGAGCUCUGGGAGGGCAAUAGGGGUCUCCCAACAGCUCCUAAGCACCCUUAGCAAACUACAGUUCCCAUAACUCUUUAGGGGAAGCAUUGACUGUUUAAAGUGGCAUCAAUUGCAUGGUGUGUAUAUGGCUUGUGCCAGAUUAAAAAUGUGACUGUUUUAAGAGUUUGCAGUAGCGUAGGGAGCUGUUGGCCCCUAUUGCUGCAUCAUUUCACUUGUUCCAGGUUUCUGUAGAGCACUUUUAGUGCAGUAUUGGAAUGCCGUUGACUUAAAGUUACUUAACCUUAGCGCAACUAGGUCAGCUAUUAAGCUUAUACUGUGUUUGUGUUGUGAAUCCAUGCAACUUUUAAGAAUAGCACUCUCUUCCCCCUACACACACACAGCUUGACGCACUUCACAGCAUCCCCAAAUAGCAGCUGACAGACCCACAACCAGAGCCAGGGAGUGGGCAGUUGUGGAAGAGACUUGCUAACGGUGCUUGGCACCAACAUCAGUGGAACACAUUUUUGUCGCAUUGGUUAAGGUUGUUCUGUCCAAAAUGACCUUCCUUCAUGUUGACUGCUUUUCCUUCUCUCCCUGCCCCCCUUCCAAUCCUGCCCCAGAUGUGGAAUGGACAGAAUGGUUUGACAAGCCUGAAAAAGCAAAAUCCAAAGAUGGAGAGCGACUUUCAGAUUUUCGGGCUGCUCACCCCGAAGUUUGUGAUCACCCCAUUAACAUCCAGGUAGGACAGCCUAGGGGACUGACCUCUCCCUGCUAUUACAUCCCUCUUCCCCCUUCCAGUUGUCAGCCAACCAUUUCGACCAUUUUAUAUGGAGUUUAAAGCUGUAAAAUGAAAACGGUUUAUUAGACCACGUGGCUUUUGGGUGGCUUCUUGUUUUCUAACUACUCUAUAUAGAUGGGUGUGAUAGAGAUGCUUGCCAGAGAGGCACUUUGAAAGCCAGCUGGGAGCUAGGACCUGUUUCUCAUUCAAGGACUGAAGCCACAGCCUCAAUAUACAUUUAAUGCAGUAUCCUAUCACUGUAGUCAAGGCUUCCCCCAAAGAAUCCUGGGAAGUGUAGUUUGACGAGGGUGCUGAGAGCUGUUAGGAGACUCUGUUGCCCCCUCACAGAGCUUCAGGAACUGAAUUUUUAAAGCACCGUGAGAAUUGUGGGUCUGCGAGGGGAAUAGAGUCUCCCAGCAACUCUUGGCACCCGUAACAAACAAUACUUCCCAGGAUUCUCUGGCUGUUAUGCUAUUUUCCCAGUCUGGUUAAGAUGUUGUUCUGGAAAAAGCGACCUCUUUCACAGACCGAAUACCUUGUAAACAAGCAGCGGCAUGAAAUAAAACAAUUGCUAGUGGAGGUAAGCUGCCAAAAUAAGAAAGAGCCUUGAUACCUUUCUCUGUGGCACAAACAAUUUCUUUAAAAAAACAUUGUUAUGCAGCAGCUUGUAGUUUGAGUCAACAUCUCCUCCUUUGUUCUGCCUCCACUGUUGGAGACAAUAUGCCUCUUGAGUACCAGUUACUGGAAAUCAGAGGUGCAGGGAGUGCUUUUGAAUUUGGAUCCUGUUUGUGGGUUGGCUACUGUGAAAGAGGGACUAGAUGGGACUAGAUGGGUCUUUGGCCUGAUCCAGCAGGUUCCUGGUUUUGGUGUACAGUUUCAUGUGAAAGCAAAACACCUGUCCCCCCCCCCAUUGCACAGGUGGUGUUGAGCACACAACUUUUAUUCUUCACGCUCGAUUACUACUCAUCUUGCAUUUCCAUUCCCCUUCCAGGCAGUCACACUCGAUGGAGUGAACCUGACAACUGAGGUUCACUACAAAAGUGGCCGUGAUUAUAGGUUUUUCUGCCGUGGCCCAGGACAGACUCCCGGAGGCUGCCGUAACUACAGAGUGCGCUUCUUAUGUGGCAAGCCUGGUAUGUGACUAAUUUUAAAAGCUUGGGCAAAAGUUGCUUCUACUGACCUACUUAUUGUAAAGGAAGUAGCAUUUUACCUCAGAACUAUAAAUACCUCGGUAAUGGAGGCUUUCCAUGAGUCUGAAACACCUUCUAAUUCUGUAGUGUCUUUCUCAUCCAAACACUUUCCAUUUCUGCUUACUAGCUUCCCAUUCUCCUAACCAAGAUUCUAGUCCUCAUGCACCAACUUAUACUGACACACUGUGGCCAAGAGAUUGAUAUUGAGGCAUUGGAAAAAUGAAAGUACGAUACCUUUCAAUCAAUGGACUGACGAUAUGACAACACUCAUAAUUCAUGAACGGGCUGCUUACAGGUGCAGACUCUGUAUGGAUAAAUACAUUGACAUUUGGAAUAAGUUUAUACAAAAUGUUGUAGGCUAUUAACAUUUACAUAAGCACUAGGACAAUAACACUGUACCAAUUUAUAUAAGAAAGUAUGGGAAUAUCGUAUAUUGCUUUCCCCCCUCCAUAUUCUCGCUUUCAUAUGUAUCUUUGCUCUUGUUGUUUUUCUCCCUUUCACUUUUCCUUCUUUCUUUUCUCUAUCACUUUAUUUCUUUUUACUGAAAUCACUUUAAUAAAAUAUAAAUAUUUUUUAAAAAAACUUAUCCUGACACACAUCUCCCAGCAGUCAAUCACAAAACAUCUAGUACAGUCAUACAUUGGUUCUCAAACUUAAUCCGUUCCGGGAGUCCAUUUGACUCUUGAAACUGUUUGAAAACCAAGGCACAGCUUCCAAUUGGCUGCAGGAGCUUUCUGCACUCAAUUGGAAGCCAUGGAAGCCACGUCGGACGUUCAGCUUCCGAAAAACGUUCGCAAACAAGAACACUUACUUCCGAGUUUGCAGCGUUCAGGAGCCAAAACGUACAAGUACCAAGGCGUUCUAAAACCAAGGUACGACUGUAAUCUUAAAGGUCUCUAAAAGGAUACGGGAAAUCACAGUAGUGUGGCCUACAUAGAAUGCUAGUCAAGACAGGCUUUUGGUCUCACCCAACCAUUUCUUUUCAUUAUACAUGCUCAACAAUUCCAAGAGUGGCACAUUGGCAUCACCAACACCCAGCUGAAACUCCACUGAAGUGUUUCACAAGGUGCUCAAUAUCUCUCCCCUCCAUCAAAUAUAAGUGGGAGGAUUAAUUAUUGUGGUGAAUGCCAUCAAUACUGGCGAAGCGACAAUUAUUUCAGAAAGCAGUCAUUUUAUUUUGCAGACGUUCAUUUUAACCAAGGCGGUGAUUCCAUGCAGUUCUUUUGACCUUCAUUUUUCAAAAGGCAAAAAAAGAUGGCUGUUUUGUUGAUUAGCAUGAGGAAACCAUUGUAUCAUGCUGAAGACAGCUACUGCAGCAUCUUUAAAUGACACCUCUGAGUAACCGUAAAUGCUGGGUCUGAGAGGGUGUGGUGCCAUAGGCCCACAAAGAGCUGCGUUUAAAUUUAGUGAAGGGGUUAGUGGAAAAACACACUUGCCAGUAAAUAAUGAAUGGAGCCUAUUUUGUUUCACUUCUUGAGUUUUGCACAUUAAAAAAGAACCUGACAGCAUGGUUGGAGGAGUUGUCUUGUAUUUCCUUGGGCCAGUCAACCACUUACUUUCGUUGGUGUGAAACAUGUCCUUUAAGAUUAAGUGAACAAUUUGUGAAGUAAAUAUUCUGUCUCUCCAACCCCCCUCCCCAUUUAUUUAUUUUGUGUUUGUGUCCUGUAUUGGCUUUCCAGUGAGACCCAAGCUUACAGUCAUGGUUGACACCAAUGUAAACAGCACCAUCUUGAGAUUGGCUGAUAAUGUGCAGUCAUGGAAGGCUGGAGAUAAGAUAGUUGUGGCCAGUACAGAUUAUUCCAUGUAUCAAGCCGAAGAAUUCCAGAUCUUGCCCUGCAGAGCCUGUGGACCCCAUGAAGUCAAAGUGGCGGGUAGGUCAUCAUAUUGGAAUUCAUGAUUUUGAUGUCUGCACAGUUUGUGUCUGUGGCUGCUUCCUGGUAACCUGUUUAUUAAGUGUUCACUCUGAUUUAUUUGCAGGGAGAUUAGAUGAGGUUUUCCAUUUACUGAGCAUUUAUUCUGAUGUGUUUGUGGGGAGGUUAGAUGAUACUGCAUCAAGCAGUUGUUGACCCACACUUUUCAGUAUCUCUUCCCAUUACUUUCCUAAUUGCGAAAUGUGUGGUGAUGGGGCAGGGGUGUGUGCAGAUGAGUUUGUUGUGCAAGAACAACACAAUUGCACAAAUGGCAACAGUCUAGAAGCACCCUGUCUCUUUUGCCUGUGCUAUUUUUAAACCUCGUGCCUAAAAAUCAGUGAACCGUUCAAAUUCCUUGUAAGCUUGUGUCUUUCCAGUAGGGAAAAGGGACUGAGAUGCUGGGUUUUAAAAUAAGAUUGGUAGCAGAUAAACAAAGUGGACAAGGAGGAAAAGAGGAGAUAGGAGAAGCCAAGAGACAGCCGGUGGUACAGAGAAAAAGCUUGGGUUGAAUGCAACAGUGAAGGAGUCAGUGCAAUGAUGAUGAUGUUGUUGUUGAUGGUGAUGAUGAUAGAGGUGUUACUCAGAGAAGUUGAACCCUAAUGAAAGGAAGGAAAUGGGGGGGGGGAUAAAACUGGCCUAUCUUAUGGGAUUGUUGUAAGGAUCCCUGAUAAAAUGAAAAUCAGCCCUAUGUAAAUAUAAGCAGUGGUCUUCUUGUUGUCAGAAAUUUGAUCAACACCGUGCUAUACAAAACAGGCCACUCCUUGACAACCACAUGCCCCCAUUAUAUUCUUUGUAACCUGCUCAGUAAGACCUGUAGUUGGCCCUUUGUGAAAUGGGCCGAAAGGAGUUUGGUGCUUUGUGCCAAAGGAAAUAUUAUUCUGGUUUCAAAUGCAUCAUAGGCUCAUGACUAAAGAUGGCAAGCUCUCUGUGAGAAAAAUGUAUCAGCAGCGUUGAUGGUGUUUUUCCCCCUUUCCCCAGAAACACUUGGAUGAUUGGAAAAACCACAUGAAAUGUGUGUGACACAGGUUACAUCAUGAGAACAAUCUUGGGUGAUAGUCAAUGAAAACAAAGCUGGAACAGGGUGUAUUACUUGGGUUCCACUAGCAUCUGAAAACCAUGCUAGUGGGGAGUUGCAGAAGGAAAGUGGCAGGAGAAGGGUUAAGCGCCUCCCCCCUCCAUUUGCAGUUUCUCUGCUAGAAAUGGCAUCCUCCCAGCACUGCUUUGCAGUGGAGAAGUCUUGGCUGGCUUCUGAGAAUCCAAGUUGGUUGCACAGUGUUGGCCUCAGUUGCAUAAUGAGGUGGCAUCGAUGGAAAAUUCCUCCUGUCUCUAGUUCACUGUCCUGUGCAAUAGAAACAGGAGAACUGUUGAAUAUCUUUUCCGGGACUUCUCAUAGAAAAUGUUGAUAAACAUUAGUCAGGGAGAGUUAGGGAUAAAGGAUGUAUUCAACGAAGUUUUAUACAAAAUAGACCCAUAGAAAUCAAUGGACCUAACUUAGUCAUGUUAAUUAAUUUACUCUAAGACUUAGUUUUAUGUCUUCCACUGAAUCCUGUUGCACUUCAACAGGAUUGGAGUGAAUCAUUCUGUAAGGGUUUUUAACAAUAUUAUUAAACAGAUGCUAGCUCAGCUACGGAUAGGCAUUGCUUCUGAGUUUGUGAAACAGACAGAAUUGCAACUAGUAAAGUUUCUUUUCUUCUCAUUGCUACAGCCCUGUAUUGGGAAAAGCGGUAUCAGUUGAAUUUAUUUCUGCCAUGCCACUAUAAAAACGCAAAGGGGGAAAUGGUGGUAACUGUUAAGUUUGCUGCAUGAAUAACAUCCGCCUAAUACAACCGCCUAAUGGUUAAACUAGAGAUUUGUGGUUUUAUAACGCCUUUUGUGACUGAGUCAAGUGCUAAUUAUAACCAGUGUCCUCAUCGUUUAGCGAUAUUUUCAUAUACUCUGCAUUAGGAUAUUUGGCCAAAUGAGUUGAGCUGUUUUUAACAGUUCCUGCUAAUAAAUUAUGCUGGCUUGACAAACAGAACUGCAGAGAAACAGAUGGGAACUGGGCAUCCACAGGCGGUCAGGAGUGGGGCGUUCAGCUGCGUGCCAUAAGAAUUUCACACUCUCACACAUGAACACCUACCUUGAAUGAGGGAAGAUACAAUAGCUUGAGUGAAUCAUAGAAUCAUAGAGUUGGAAGAGACCACAAGGGCCAUCGAGUCCAACCCCCUGCCAAGCAGGAAACACCAUCAGAGCACUCCUGACAUAUGGUUGUCAAGCCUCUGCUUAAAGACCUCCAAAGAAGGAGACUCCACCACACUCCUUGGCAGCAAAUUCCACUGUUGAACAGCUCUUACUGUCAGGAAGUUCUUCCUAAUGUUUAGGUGGAAUCUUCUUUCUUGUAGUUUGGAUCCAUUGCUCCGUGUCCGCUUCUCUGGAGCAGUGUAAGUGAAGACAGCUAUUAAGGCGUUGUACCCAGAAGAAGACUGAUAAAUUGAUGUCAGGAUGGGAGUUGCCUAACUCGAGCAGCUCCUGCAAAUUUCCCCCUCAUGCUUUCAUCAUAUGCUUUCAUAGAUGCCAACUCCCUGCGGCCCUGGGUGCCUGAGCACCCACAAAAUUCCCCAUGAAGGGGCCAGGCACCCACAAAUUUCAAUGCCAGGGCCAUGCAUGCUCCAUGGCGCCCAUCACUUCAGGCACCCACGGUCGCAGAGCCAAGCAGGCACUCCUGUAUGCUGUUGAUGUUGCUGAUGUUAUUUUAAUUUCAAAGGAACAGAAAAAGUGAGGUGAGCUUCCGUGUGAAGUUGUCGAAACAUGGAUGUCUAAGUUAUUGGAAUCCCACCAUUUUUAAUCAUCAUUAUGUGAACUUUAGGCACAGGUUAUUUAGUCUAGAGGAGACUCUGCAGAAGUUCAGUAGAGGUUGCCAGUGGGGGGAGAGUCAAUUUCUCACAAAUUAUCUCUAAGCAUGAGUUUGGAAUAAGGUGUGUUCCCAGAGCAUUGGAUACCCACCUCAGACGGAACAGAUUAAUCAGUAAAGAUUUGCUGUACUGACCUCCAGUGAUGGAUGCAUGUGAGAAGUUAUUAAGUUUAAAUCAGGGUCUAUUGGAUGGGAACAAUUUGGUUUUUAAGAAAUGAUAGAAAAUUAUUGCAAGCAAUUAAAAUAAAUAAAUUCAAAGUGUCCUUUUUUUAAGAAAGAAAGAAAAGGAUUUAGAUUUUUAAAACUUCUCCAUGGGCUUAAUUUGUCCCACACUGUCCUUGUUCAUGGUGCUUUGUGGAGCAAAAUAUGCAAAAGGGACAGGUACAGUACAUUUAUAUUCCAUAUUGCUCCUUCACAGAUAUUAUAAAUGGGGUUCCAUGGGAAAUCUCACUGUUAAAUUGCUCUGGAAAUUGUAGCUUCGUGAGGGGAAUAAGUACCUCCUAACAACUCACAGCAUCCUUAACAAACUACAGUUCCCAGAAUUCUUUGUGGGAAGAACCUUGGCUUGAUACCACUGUUCUUUCCUUACCUCACCCUAUAAUAAGCCACUUCUACAUACUUUGCACAUCUGAUUUUCAUGCAGAAUUCUGCCUCCAGUUCAUGGGAAUGGGGCUUAAAAGGUUCGGCAAAGUCCCUCUCAGUUGAAGGAUGUUUCACAGCUUUCCUAUCACUCAUUAGGCAUUGUUUUUCUAUGGUUUGUGUCGUCUCCGCCCCCAGGGAAUGGAUUCAAAUUCUUUGAUGCUUUGCAUCUGGAUUUCAAAGAACUCUGGAGAUGCCCAGAGCGAAAGGCAGCAAAAUGGAAGGCAGGAAGGGUGGGACAGGGUAGAAGAUCAAACAACAAUAAUUCCCAGCCUUAUCUGCAGCUGCAUAGCCACAUGAAAAGUGUCCAACCCUUGAUAAGUUUCACAAAUGGGCAGAAAUGACGCAACACCCUUCUAAUGUACCCGAUAAUAAGUAACAUGAAUGAACUGGUGGGUGUCAUUGUUCAGACCAGAACACCCUUAUAAUAGAUGGCUGGUUACAGUUCAUCUGUGAAUGUAUCUUGACUGUGUGAAAAUCCGAUUAUCAGUAGACCUCCGAGGCGGCUCAAUCUGUGGGAAUCCAAAAGUGUGGGAAAAGUACAUUAGAACUGGACAUUUCUCAAAUCAGAUGCAGGGCUUGUUUCUCACGAGUUUGCCCAUCUAUACCCUUUUUAUUUGUUUAGAAGGAAAUGAGGCCAUUUUGUCCUUAAUGGCUGACUGCCUCUCGGACGGCAACAUGUAUUAUAAUCCAUAGUUAUUGACUACUCUGCCAAUAGAGACUCCGCAGGCAAAUUCUGUUUCAAUUUUUAAAUGCCUGUCGAAAACUCUCUUAUUCCAUCAGGCCUAGGCAGGCAAUUGAGAUACAGUGGUACCUCGUGUUACGUACUUAAUCCGUUCCGGAGGUCCGUUCGUAACAGGAAGCGGCUCAUAACAUGAGGCGCACUUUCUCUCAUGGCGCCUCCCGCUGCUGCCGCGCCACCGGCGCACGACUUCCGCCCGAAUCCCGGGGCAAAGGUCGCAAGAAGGGGCAUCUACUUCCGGUUUAGUGGAGCACGUAGCCCGCAGCAUUCGUAAGGGGGGCGGUACGUAACACGAGGUACCACUGUAGUUGGAAAAAAUUCUGAUUUUCUCUCUUUUACAUGGUUUUUAUUGUAUGGUUUGUAUAUGUUGUAGUUGCAAACCACUCUGAUUUUUUUAAAAAAAUGAAUAGCUCUAUAUAAAUAGUUUUUUAUAAAUAAAUAGGGAUAUCAAGUAUGAUAAAGCAGGCAAUGAGUAAUGGUUAUUAUGGCAAGGGAUUGGAGAACUUUCUCCAAACUUGUCGGGUGGUAACAAAAUAUCUGAACAUAUAGGGCAAAAAAGGUGGUGAUCCCUAAUAAUAACAAUAAAAACAUUUUUCACAACAACCCUGCAAGGUAGGGAUGGGGAACCUGUGACUCUCCAGAUGGGCUUAAGCUCCCAGCAACUGCAGCAAACAUGUUCAGUGGUCAGGGAUGAUGGAAGUUGUCAUCCAAUGAUAUCUGGAGGGCCAUAGGUUCCCCGUCCCUGAGGUAAGUGGAAUACAUACAGUGGUACCUCGGGUUAAAUAUGCUUCAGGUUACAUACGCUUCAGGUUACAGACUCUGCUAACCCAGAAAUAAUAAUAAUAAUAAUAAUAAUAAUAAUAAUAAUAAUAAUUUAUUAUUUAUACCCCGCCCAUCUGGCUGGGCUUCCCCAGCCACUCUGGGCGGCUUCCAAAAGAAUAUUAAAAUACUAUAAUACAUCAAACAUUAAAAGCUUCCCGAAACAGGGCUGCCUUCAGAUGUCUUCUAAAAGCCUGGUAGUUGUUGUUCUCUUUGACAUCUGGUGGGAGGGUGUUCCACAGGGAAGGCGCCACUACCGAGAAGGCCCUCUGCCUGGUUCCCUGUAACCUGGCUUCUUGCAGUGAGGGAACUGCCAGAAGGCCCUCGGUGCUGGACCUCAGUGUCCGGGUAGAACGAUGGGGGUGGAGACGCUCCUUCAGAUACCUCGGGUUAAGAACUUUGCUUCAGGAUGAGAACAGAAAUCGUGCUCUGCCGGUGCUGCGGCAGCAGGAGGCCCCAUUAGCUAAAGUGGUGUUUCAGGUUAAGAACAGUUUCAGGUUAAGAACGGACCUCGAGAACGAAUUAAGUUCUUAACCCGAAGUACCACUGUACUGCAGAUGGUGAGAGAGAGGGGGAGAGAGUUGCCUAAGGCCAUCUACUGAGUUAAUGAGAGAAGAGAUAUUUAAACCAGAAACUGAUAGGGGUGUGUGAUUUUAUCAUUUUCUGUUUCUCAUUUUUCCAAUCUUAAAUUCGGUGCUCCACUUUUUUCCCUUUGUAAAAAGGUCAUCAUGCAAAUGCAUCAGCAUUUUGCUGCAAAUUUUAGUGUGCAGUUUUGCCUACUUUGCAAAUGAAAUAUCCCUAAUAAUAUCCCUAAUAUUAUCCCUAAUAAUAUCCCUAAUAUUAUCCCUAAUCGCCUAUCUUUGCAAAUGAAAUAUUAUCCCUAAUAAUAUUUGCAUAUUAUUUUCAAAAAUAUUUGCAUUCAUAUGCAAACCUUACCUUAGUAUAUGCAUUAUUAUUUGUAGAAAUUUACUCAGCUGGAGAUCUGCAUUGCAAAAUUCAGAGAAGUGUGAGUUUUGCAGGCUGACUUUGCAUCCUGUUUGAGAAAGUGGGAUUUGGGAAAGCUCUGCUUUCAGUGUGAACUGAAUCAAAUUUCUCCCUUAUCGCUACUUCCUGGUUUCUAUAACCGAGUCUCUUUCUAUCAUCUGUGCUACACCAGUUACCAUCUGUUUUCCUAUUGCUUUUGUUCCUUCUUUCUCUCUUUGCGAGUAGGUUUGCCAAAGUGCUAACUGGAGCACAGGAAAUAUAUUCUGCUAGGUUGCCACUUCUGAUAGCUGUACAUGCAAUUAUUUUGUUGUUGGUACAUUGCAUGUGUGCGCAAUGAAAUGUGCACACGUGUGAUUAUCUACAUCAUCACACCUGCGUGUGCAGAUAGUUAUCCCAUGCGGCAGUGUACAUAUGGAUUUAAUGGAUUUCCUAGAUGUAAUUAUAUAAAACUGCAUUCUGCUGAGUCAGAUCAUUGCUCCAGCCAGCGCAUGGACUGACUGCUACUUUCUACAAAUGGACGCAGAUUGUUCUUUCUAGCACAGUAUAUUUUGACUGCAUUCCAAGGCCUGCAGCUCAGUGUUACGUCAUUUGCUUUGCACGUAAAAAACCCCCCCAAAUUAAAUCCUCCAAGAGGAAGGUCAUCAUAAUAUUUGAUAGCACAGCUUUCAGAAACAACAACAACAACCCUGUGUCGAAAUCUUUGCAAAGCUGUUGCCUGUCAAACCAACGCACUAAAUGCACUAAAUUAACUCGGUAAUAAGGUAUCUUCAUGUGUCUUGGGCUGCAUUCGCAGUCAUGUUUCCCAGACUGUUAAUAUCCAUAUAAUAUUUGAGCUUUUGCACAACAUAAAAGCCACUUCCAGAAAUACGGCAGAAGAUAGCUCAAGUUUAUUGCUAAUUUCCACAUUAUUUGCUUUCAGGGAAAAAAAAUGUUUGCAAAUCACAUGGAAAUAAGCACUAAACUUGUGCUAUAUUUGGCUAUAUUUUUGGCAGGGAAGCUAAAAUAUAGUUAGGAAAUGAACAGUUAUGGAAACAUCAGGAAACAGAAUUGACUGCCAUGGGAACUGCCACCUUAGGACCUUUAUUGCCAGACAACCUGGGGCUUAAAUCCAGGAGAAACUUUCUGCACACAUUACAUGUGCUCUGCUUGCGUCCCACGCACUCCUCCCCUCCCCUAAUUUAUGCAGCAGGCCAUGUGUGGAAGAGUGUGCAAAACUAAACAGUGUGGCUGGUGUCACAAUAACUGUUUGUCUGCAUCCACCGAGCGAAAGGCUUGACGGAGCACUCGCCUUAAGCGUCACUCUAACCGCAGAUCUCAUUUACAGUUCUUUGGGGUAAGAUGUUCUUGCUUCCGAUAUGAAGAGCUUUCUUUCACAUCUGUCUCUCUGAUGUGCCCCAUGGGGCUGGUUGCGCACCAAGCGCCUAAUGUAAAUUGGCAGCCGGCCCUGCAUUCUUGUUGCCCAAAAAGAGCAAAAACAAGAAUUCUUGCCACAACAGGUCUCUUGUGUGUUGAAAACAAACGCAAAACCCUAUGCUGCCUCUCUCGGUGUUUGCGGAUAUCACAUUAAAGAAAAUAAAACCUCCCCCUUCCAAAAAAAGAAAGCUAAAAGGGAUAAAAAUUAAAAAAAGGUAUACAGUACAAAACAAUAGCAGCAUAAGAAAGUACACAUAUAGCUCAGUUGGUUAGAGCAUGGUGAUGAUAACGCCAAGGUUGCAGGUUCGAUUCCCAUAUAGGAUGGUUGCCUAUUCCUGCAUUGCAGAGCGUUAAACUAUGAAGCUCUGGGUCCCUUCAAACUCUACAGUUCUAGGAUUCUAUAUCCCAGCGGUGGAACAGGAUGAUGAAGAUGAUAGCUGUUAUUUAUUGAACUUUUAGAAGACAUCUGAAGGCAGCCCUGCUGAGGGAAGCUUUUAAUGUUUAAUAGGUUAUUAUGGGACGCGGGUGGCGCUGUGGGUUAAACCACAGAGCCUAGGACUUGCCGAUCAGGUCGGCGGUUCGAAUCCCCGCGACGGGGUGAGCUCCCGUUGCUCAGUCCCUGCUCCUGCCAACCUAGCAGUUUGAAAGCACGUCAAAGUGCAAGUAGAUAAAUAGGUACCGCUCCGGCGGGAAGGUAAACGGCGUUUCCGUGCGCUGCUCUGGUUCGCCAGAAGCAGUUUAGUCAUGCUGGCCACAUGACUCGGAAGCUGUCUGCAGACAAACGCCGGCUCCCUCGGCCAAUAAAGCGAGAUGAGCACCGCAACCCCAGAGUCGGUCAUGACUGGACCUAAUGGCCAGGCGUCCCUUUACCUUUACCUUUAGGUUAUUGUAUGUUAAUAUUAUGUUGGAAGCAGCCUAGAGUGGCUGGGGAAACAGGGUGGCAAACAAAGCAGAAACAUUCGAAAAACAAUUAUAAAAUAAAAUAAAAUCUAAAAGCAAUUUUAGUUAAAAACAUUCUUCCAUCCAAUGAUCUUGAGAUUUCCAAGAUCGUGCUCUGCUGUUUUCUACAAGCCAGAAAUGAGCUACAUAAAGAAACAUCAUCAGGGGCACUGUAUUGCAACCACUCACAAAGCCCUGAUCUAUGCCACAGGUGUAUUUUGCUCCCCAUAGCAAAGCAACAUGGACCAGACCCUUUAAAAGGCAUGAUGUGUAGUUUCUAUGAGGAGAGGUUCCAAGGUAAUUUAGGUCCCCUGCAAUAAGGGGACUAGGCGUACCUAGUAAUCCAUAUUACAGCACCCACUCCAGAUUCCUCUCAUUAUACAAAAAUAAGAAGAGCGCUGCUGGAUGAAACCAAAGGACCAUCUCGUUGAACAUCCUGUUCUCACAGUGGUAAAGGUAAAGGUAAAGGGACCCCUGACCAUUGGUCCAGUUGUGACCGACUCUGGGGUUGCGGCGCUCAUCUCGCUUUAUUGGCCGAGGGAGCUGGCGUACAGCUUCUGGGUCAUGUGGUCAGCAUGACUAAGCCGCUUCUGGCGAAACCAGAGCAGCGCAUGGAAACGCCAUUUACCUUCCCACCAGAAUGGUACCUAUUUAUCUACUUGCACUUUGACGUGCUUUUGAACUGCUAGGUUGGCAGGAGCUGUGAGUAAUGCAAACACUGUAAAUUUGACAGAAUGCCGAGAUUUUGCAAGAACCGGUUCCUGAGUAAGAAUUUCAUUUGAUUCUGCGUUGUUUAUUCUGGUGGGAAAAUCCUGGGGUUUUCGUGGCGAAUAUUGAGUAAGGGCAGAGGAGGAGGAAGGGGGAUGUAUAGGAUUGAAGCAGGAGGCAAUAGGUGUUUUAAGAGCAGGGGAACGAAGAAAUGUGAAUGCAAGACCCAGAAGAGGAAGAAGAGGGAAACACAAGUCAGUCUUGGGUUCUGUCUGGACAGUCCUAUUGAGCAUCCCAGCCUGGUUCUUGGCUAUUUGUGUGUGUGUGUCACACAAAUUUCUAGUUUCUCUAGGCUCUAGAGCAAUUGCCAAGAGCAAUUAGAUAUACAGGGGUACCUCGGGUUACAGACACUUCAGGUUACAGACGCUUCAGGUUACAGACUCUGCUAACCCGGAAAUAGUGCAUCGGGUUAAGAACUUUGCUUCAGCAUGAGAACAGAAAUUGCACAGUGGCGGUGCAGUGGCAGCGGGAGGCCCCAUUAGCUAAAGUGGUGCUUCAGGUUAAGAACAGUUUUAGGUUAAGAACAGACCUCCAGAACAAAUUAAGUUCUUAACCCGAGGUACCACUGUAUUUUAAUUUAGGUAAUCUAUGUAAUAGGCUUAUGUUAGAAAAUGAAUAUGGAUUUUGAAUUUGGUGUUUGUAAUUUUUUUUGGUAUUUUUUUUUGGGGGGGGAAACAAAUUUCUAGUUUCUCUGCUGGUGGUAUAAAUUGCCAAAUUAACCUCCUGCAGAAAUAGACAUGCUUGGUGUGUUUGUUUUACCAUCAAGCAUUCCAGGAACCCAAUUUAUCGCUAUUGUCUGGGGUGAAUGUGGUAUCAAUACUCCGUAAGGAGAGGGCAGUGGAGGACAGCAACCACCUGAGACCCAUUUCCUUAUCUUGAAUCUCCCCCGAGUCAGCAAAAGCACAACAUGAAAACAAACACUCAGCAUGUUAGUUAUAUAUAGAACUCUCUUAGUGCAUAUUCAACAUUCUUGUUGGCAUUUAGCAUUCUUAGCAUGUCUCUGCAGGUGUUAAAUAAAACCCAAGCCCAUGCAAGUCUGAGAUCUUAUUAUUCUAAAGCCCAGGCACGUGUACCUUUCAUAAAAAGAGUUUUGUAGAUCACUGCAGAUGGUGACAGCAGCCAUGAAAUUAAGAGACGCCUGCUUCUUGGGAGAAAAGCAAUGACAAACCUAGACAGCAUCUUAAAAAGCAGAGACAUCACCUUGCCAACAAAGGUCCGUAUAGUUAAAGCUAUGGUUUUCCCAGUAGUGAUGUAUGGAAGUGAGAGCUGGACCAUAAAGAAGGCUGAUCGCCGAAGAAUUGAUACUUUUGAAUUAUGGCGCUGAAGGAAACUCUUGAGAGUCCCAUGGACUGCAAGAAGAUCAAACCUAUCCAUUCUGAAGGAAAUCAGCCCUGAGUGCUCACUGGAAGGACAGACCGUGAAGCUGAGGCUCCAAUACUUUGGCCACCUCAUGAGAAGAGAAGACUCCCUGGAAAAGACCCUGAUGUUGGGAAAGAUGGAGGGCACAAGGAGAAGGGGACGACAGAGGAAGAGAUGGUUGGACAGUGUUCUCGAAGCUACCAGCAUGAGUUUGGCCAAACUGCAGGAGGCAGUGGAAGACAGAGCCUGGCGUGCUCUGGUCCAUGGGGUCACGAAGAGUCGGACACGACUAAACGACUAAACAACAACAACAAAAGCAUCACCAAGACAUUUAUUUUGGGAAGCUUGCCCCAUGCCUAGGGAUAGCUGAAUCUUACCAAUUCUGGUUUCACUCCAUUCCUUAUUUUUCCAAUCUCCACAGUUCUCAGUGCUCCACAUUUCCAUAUUAGUUUGAAACCUGCAUUUCAGCACAGAUUUCUCCCAAUCCACCAUGCUUGUAUGCAGUUUUGCCUAAUAUGCACAUUUUUUGCAAAGCAGUUCCCCCUAAUAUAAUGCGUUUUUGUAUGUUUUGCGGUAAUAUAUGCAUUUCUAUGCACAAUUUAACCUAGUGUAUCCAUUUCUGCACACGUUACCUGGCUUCAGAAAUGCACUGGAAAAUUUAGAGGAGUGUGAAUUUUGAUGGAUGGAUGUAUUUCACUUUGCAUAUUGCUUUUUGGAAAAGUGUGAAUUAAGGUAGAAUUGCCUUCAUAGAUGAACAGACCUGAAUUUCUCUCCCAUCUGCAACCACAUUGCUUCAAUGCAUCUGCGCCACUCCAAAGCACUUAAAAUGCAAAACAGUUGCAAAGAAUCCCAGGGCACAUAAACAUGGAAAGCAUUCUAAAUCUGAAGGCCUGCCAUAUAAAAAUCAUCUGUCCAGCAAGACAAGAUCGAGAAUAAGUCAGAGCUUGUGGGAGAUUUAAAAAAUGUUAGAGGGGGGGUGGAGAGACCACUUGAGUUGAAUAAUGCAGCUUCUGCAAUGGGUUACGUUAAGUGAUUGUUUGUCCACUGCUUGAACCUUACCCAGGAAUGUCUUCUGGUUUUUAUGCCAGUUCUAUUUGCAGAUUCCAGGCCUUUAUGUCAGAGGGUGAAAAAUAGCUAAAUCUGUUCGCUGCUGCGAUUAAAACACAUAGCAAACUGACAGCAGAAAACGUAUUUCUGUAUAAUUGCCCUGAGCAAAUAGCCAGUUAUUUGAAGCACGUAUGUCCCGCCAGUUAAUUUUGUAGGCUUUUUGUCUGUGGACCGUAUGCACAUAAUAAAACUUGAGCUGGCUGGAGGAAAUGGUAUGUUUUAAAGAAUGUGGGGUUUUUUGAAAGGGGAGAGAGAUGAGGCCUUGCAGAUAUUGGGGAUCGAGGGAGGCCAUCUUCUAGGUGCCGCAGCAGAAAAUGGACGGACAGCAGCAACAGCUACAGAGGAGAAAAGCUCGCUUUUAUUUACUAUCUGCACCACUGGACACAGAUGAAUUCUUUUGCCCUCCUUAUCAAAGUUCCGUAUGAAGUUUUGCAGGGAUCUCCCCUUUCUGGCUCCACCAGGUCUCCAUCUGAUAACACCUUGUGCUCAGAUCUGCUUCAGCAAACAACAGCCGCAGCAGGAUCAAAUGAUACCACCUUCUCCGUUCAUUGAAAACUGCAUCACAAAGCGGGUGGGAUAGCUCCCUCUGCCCUCCUUGUGUGACACGAAGGCAUGUUGUAGCCAAGAUGUGGAGCCGCCAUCCGUUCUGCUAUGACGGCAAUUUGCAGUGUCUUUGUGCACAUUGAGAGAGUCUUCCGGGCACCCGCUUUGUUCCAUCCUACCGUGGCUUGAGAAUUCGGAACCACAGUGGGACUGCACAGCUUAAAUGGCAGGCUUGAGUCUCAAGUUGGAGCCACCUGGGAGAUGGAACAGGUUUUGUCCUCACUCGGUAGUGUCCUUCAAGCGCAGCCAUCAUUAGGUUUCCUCUAUAAGUGAAUAUUGUCCUCUGUGGCAGGAGUGAAGAAUCGUUUUGGCCCCGGGAGCAUGGUGGGCAAACUUGGCAGGUGGGUGGGGCCACCUACAUGUCAAUCAUCUGGUGGUAUCCACUGACCAAUAGGUGGGAAGUCCUGUCCUCCUUUCAAAGUUGACCUGUGAGGUGGUGGUGGUGGUGGUGGUGGGGUCUGCUUCACCAGCGUGUUCCUCACAAGAAAUGCCCUCGCAAAGCAAAAUCAGGCAGGAUAAGCGGACAGUUCAGCCCUGCUCUCUGCUUUUCCAGCUCUUUCCCUGAAGAGAACAGUUUGGCAAUGGUGUCAACUGAUGACAGAUGGGCAUGGUUUGGGGGAAAUGGCUGGUAUGCAAAAAUUGGCUCACUGACCAGAGUUUCCCCACUGUCAUGGGCCAGGAUUCACCUUUGCCUGCUGAACAGCAGCCUGAAGGGGGAGUGACUCCACCUGCAGCUGAUCAGCCUUCAAGGACACAAGAGGAGAAGGCACUGAUGAGAACCAGCUGGCUUCAGCCUUCUUAAACAGAGCUCUCAGCAGCCGUCAGAUGCUGCAAACAACGCUUGUAGUUCCUGGUCCUACCUUGCUGCUUCCUGCUUCCUAUCUGGACCCUUGAGUCUGUGAUCAUCUGGACUCCCUGACUUCUGGACUGUGAGACUUUGUGUGUGGGUUCUGCUCUCAGGCAAGAGUUCCUCAGAGCCCCUAGCCCCUGCUUGCUUGGCAACAGAACUCAGACGGGGCUACAACACCCACCCUUGUUCUGUGACGGAGGACUAAAACACUGAGCUCGUGGACAUGGUUGCAGUUAGGGCAAAACCAUGUGCUGAAGCUCAUCACCUCUCACUGAUGGCGAUUCUGCACUGGGUUGCCACUGAAUGGUAGAAAGGUAAAGGUAAAGGACUCCUGGGCAGUUCAUUCCAGUCGAAUUAGACUAUGAGGUGCAGAGCUCAUCUCUACUUUCAGGCCAAGAGAGCCAGCAUUUGUCCACCGACAGCAUUUCUUUUCAUCUGUCCAGCAUGACUAAAGAGCUUCUGGUACAACGAAACACCGUGAUGGAAGCCAGAGCGCAUGAAAACGCCGCUUACCUUCCCACCACAGUGGUACCUAUUUAUCUGGUAUGGUUUUGAACUGCUGGGUUGGCAGGAGCUGGGACAAAGCAACGGGAGCCCACCCCCGUUGCACGGACUCAAACUGUCGGCCUUAUGAUCGGCAAGCCCAAGAGGCUCAGUGGUUUAGACCACAGCGCCACCCGCAUCCCUGCCACUGAAUGGCAGGCCCAGAGGGUUGCAUAGCAGCUUCCAGGCACAUUGAAAUAUUCAUUCCUCCUCAUAAAAAUGACGGGCAUUCUGCCUGUUUUCUUGUUUUAAAGCAGAUAACCCUUCUCCUAUAUCUUCUUUGCAAGGAACAAUUCUGACUUGGCUAUUUCUGAGCUUUUGGCAUUUGUUUCCAGUUAUAAAUGUUGAGUGCGCACGCCUCUCCCGAAAGAAAAUAUCUGCAAGUGUAAAACAUAUAUGCUCUUUGAGCGCAGCAUUUAUUUAAUGAGUGUAUUGCUUGUUUUUACUGGACCGGUUCAGAAUGUGGGCAGUAAGAUAAUCUCUUCCUGCUUCCUUCCUCCCCCACCCCCCAUUGCAAAACAGCUGAAUCAGGGAAGACAUGGUGUGUCUGUGUGUAAAAGACACAGUGACACAUGGAGGGAUAAGUUUAAAAAGUCUUCUCUGGUUUGUAGAGGGUGAGGGGAAGAAGCAGGAAAGAAUCAUUCAUAUGUGUAUGUGUGUGCUUGUAUAUGAACUGCAAUAUGUAAGCUGCAAUCCUAUGUGUGUACACUUGUAAAUUAAUUCACUUACUUUGCAGUGAACAUUCAUAGUGGUGGUGGUGAUUAUGAUUUCUGUAUAUGCUGCCCAUCUGACUGGGUUGCCCCAGCCACUCUGGGCAGUUUGCAACAAAUUAUAAAACCAUAAUAGCCCAGCGGUAGGACACAUGCUCUGUAUGCAGAAGGCUUCCAUCGCUGGCAUCUCCAGGUAGGGCUGGAAGAGACAUCUUCCAGAAAACCCCGAAGAGCUGGUGCUGUUCAGUGUAGACUAGUGGGUAGUCCCUGUGGUGUCCUCCAUCUGUUCCUGGACUACAACUCCCAUUAUCUCUGAACUUUGGCUAUGCUUCUCUGGGGCUGAUAGGUGUUCAGGAACACCUGGAGGGCCACAGGCUGACUCAUCCCUGAUGCAGAGGAUGCUGAAAGAGAGGGACAGUUGUCUGACUCUGUACAAAGCAGCCUCCUAUCAGCAGACGUAAGGUCCCUAGCAGUACACUUGAGCUGUAAAAACCCCUGAAGUUCUGUGGCAUGGGUAGGUAAACUAAGGCCCAGGGGCCGGAUCUGGCCCAAUCACCUUCUAAAUCCAGCCCACGGAUGGAUCAGCAUGUUUUUACAUGAGUAGAAUGUGUGCUUUUAUUUAAAAUGCAUCUCUGGGUUAUUUGUGGGGCAUAGGAAUUCGUUCAGUCCCCUCCCCUCAAAAUAUAGUCCAGCCCCCCACAAGGUCUGAAGGACAGUGGACUGGCCCCCUGCUGAAAAAGUUUGCUGGCCCCUGUUCUGUGGCAUCACAUUGGAAUAGUUGGAACAGUCAAACUUGGAAGUAUGGAAUCAAUAUGCCAACAAAUCAAAGGGCUAUUGAUCUGGUGGGUGCCUAUUUUGCUGAUAAUUUCGUUGCUUUGUUAUGUUUGCUGACUGCUUUGUGGUCGUAUGGCAAUUAAACAGUAUAUAAAUCCUGUGGAAUAAUAAAAAUUGAAAUUGAAAUUGAAAUAAAUAGAAGUUAAAGAAUGGAUUUAUUAAUGGCAAAUUUUCGUUGCUUGCUCCUUUAGGGAAAGCAAACUACCUUCACACAGGAGAGGUGAUCGAUGGAGUGGACAUGAGAGCAGAAGUAGGCUUGCUAAGUCGCAACAUUCUCGUGAUGGGAGAGAUGGCCAAGGAAUGCUACAAUUACAACAGUGAUCUGUGUUCCUUCUUUGAUUUUGACACCUUUGGAGGCCAUAUCAAGGUAUCGCUUGGUGUCUAUGUAUUGCUGAUUUUUUCCCACCCCUGUGCUGGGAAAUUUCUUCCAUGUGGCUGGGGGAGUCUGAUAUGACAUUGAGCACUUGUAUCUAACAUAUCCAAUCUCAGACUUUAUGUUGGCAGCAGAAAUUUUAUGGAGCGUGGGCACAAUCGUGCCAAUAGAUCUAUGGGCAUUUAAAGUGCAAUACUUUUCAAGAUGAGAAUUUAUUUAUGCAGCUCCUAUACUGAUGUGCCCUUUUGACCAAACAGCAGUCUCCUAAGCUGUGUACAAAAUGAUAGCAAACAAUUCUAAAAAGCAAAAAAAUAUAAAGUUUGGGGGGAAAGCUAAGUGGUAGAGCAUCUGCUUUGCAUGCAGAAGGUUGUAGGUUAAAUUCCUGGUCUGAAAUCCCCAAGGGCUCCUGCCUGUCAAUGUAGAUAGUACAUCAGCUAGAUGGACCCAGUACUGAGCUAGUGUUAGAAUUCCUGCUCCGUGAUUGCAGUCAUGGGAUUGUUGUCUAUCACAUGACGGUGUAUGUUUUGACUCCACAAAGUGGGAAGUGAAGGAGACAGGAUGUUUGUGUUACUGUGUUCCAUGAAGUGGGACUAUUGUCCUUUGUUCAUUCUCUUUGCUGUCUGAUACUAGAGAGAGCAGGAGCCAUGUUGCAGUGCUCCAUGUGUGUUUAUAUGUAAAUACAGUGGUACCUCGGGUUACAUACACUUCAGGUUACAGACUCCGCUAACCCAGAAAUAUUGCUUCAGGUUAAGAACUUUGCUUCAGGAUGAGAACAGAAAUUGUGCUCCGGCGGCGCGGCAGCAGCAGCAGCAGGAGGAGGCCCCAUUAGCUAAAGUGGUGCUUCAGGUUAAGAACAGUUUCAGGUUAAGUAUGGACCUCUGGAACUAAUUAAGUACUUAACCCGAGGUACCACUGUAAAGUAGAUUAGCCAAAAUGCUGAGGUCUAUCACAUGAACUGCAAAGACCCUGCGGAUCCCUAAGUGUGCCGAUGUCUGUUGGCAUUGGUCGCUGUGAUGUUCGGGCAGAAGAAAGCUUUUGAAGCUCCCGAACAAUCGACCAGGAGGGAGAGAACAUGCCAGUCGGGCAUGUGUCUCUGCCAGGGUCCUACUUGAGUGUAGGCUGACAGCUAGAUGGUCUGGUUCAGUAUAAGGCAGUUUCCUAUAUCCUUAUUGGAUUGCAUCCAUUGUUCUACUCAAGAUCCAUUAGUUUCAAUGGGCCUCCUAACAACUGUCAGUAGCUUUAACAACGACACCUCCCAGAAUUCUUUGGAGGAAGUGAUAAGUUCUUGAAGUGGUUUGAUACCACUUUAAAUGUAUAGUGCAGAUGUGGCUUUAAAAGCGCUGGAUCACACUUGUUUGACAAACGAAAACAACAACCCUGAAAGUGUCUUGCACAAGUAUCAAGCCCGCCGGUUGAUGAUGAUGAUGAUGAUGUGUGUGUUGUUCUCUAGCUUGGCCUUGGAUUUAAGUCUGUCCACAUGGAAGGGAUUGAACUGAAGCACAUGGGCCAGCAGUCACUGGGACACUACCCAAUCCACUUCCACAUGUCCGGAGAUGUGGAUGAGAAGGGCGGCUACCACCCUCCUACCUACGUGAAAGACAUCUCCAUCCACCAUGCCUUUUCUCGCUGUGUCACCAUCCAUGGCUCCAAUGGUCUGCUGGUAAGAAACUUGAGAUUCGUUCACCAUCUCUUCCAGCACAAUUCAAAGUGUUGGUGCUGCUGGUCUGCAGGUCUACCUAGGUGCAAAUAACUUCAAAAACUUGGGGCCAAAGUACCAGAAGGGCUGAUUCCUAAUGCAUCAAAACGAUCACUGAGAUGCUCUGAUGGGGCACUUCAGGUGGUGUGAUGUGUCCCUGAGGUAUGGCUGGCCUUCACUAGGGGCUAAGCCCAGGGGUAGGCAAACUAAGGCCCGGGGCCAGAUCCAGCCCAAUCGCCUUCUCAAUCCAGCCCACGGACAGUCCAGGAAUCAGCGUGUUUUUACAUGUGUAGAAUGUGUGCUUUUAUUUAAAAUGCAUCUCUGGGUUAUUUGUGGGGCAUAAGAAUUCGUUCAUUCCCCACCCGCAAUAUAGUCUGGCCCAUCACAUGGUCUGAGGGACAGUGGACCGGCCCACGGCUGAAAAAGGUUGCUGAGCCCUGGGCUAAGCUUUCCUUUUGGCAGGCCUUGCCCUGCAAAACUCCCUUUCAGACAUCUUUUGAAAGGCAUAUUUUUUAGGCUGGCCUUUGCAACUGAAUUUGCAAAGGGAGUGACCGCCGAGAACAUAUAACACCGGUCGUGAAAGACCUACAUUGGCUCCCAGUACAUUUCCGAGCACAAUUCAAAGUGUUGGUGCUGACCUUUAAAGCCCUAAAUGGCCUCGGCCCAGUAUCCCUGAAGGAGCAUCUCCACCCCCAUCAUCCAGCCCGGAUACUGAGGUCCAGCUCCAAGAGUCUUCUGGCAGUUCCCUCACUGCGAGAAGUGAGGUUACAGGGAACCAGACAGAGGGCUUUCUCAGUAGUGGCGCCUGCCCCAUGGAACGCCCUCCCAUCAGAUGUCAAGGAAAUAAACAACUACCAGACUUUUAGAAGACAUCUGAAGGCAGCCCAGUUUAGGGAAGUUUUUAAUGUUUGGUGGUUUAUCGUGUUUUAAUAUUCUGUUGGGAGCCGCCCAGAGUGGCUGGGGAAACCCAGCCAGGUGGGCGGGGUAUAAAUAAUAAAUUAUUAUUAAUUAUUAUUUGUAAGGCGUCGAUCCUGUAGUGUGGCAGCAGCCGUACUUUGGAACUCCCUGCCUCUUGAAAUUAGGCAGGAAACCCUUGCCCUCUUGGUUCCUUGUAGCCCCAUUGCCCUCUGAAGUUUGGGGUGGUGGCAGCCCAGGAGAUGGCAUUGCCCUGGAGAAUAGCAGCCCCUGAACUGUGGAAUUCCUCCCUCAAAGAGGUGUUUCUGGAACUUUCCUAAUAGUUUUCAUAACAUGUGGGAGACACACCUCUUUACCAUAUUCUCUUUACCCUGGUUUUUGUUUAGAACUCACCCUCUUCUCUUGAUUGAAAUCUGUUUUAAUUGUUUUUUAAUAUUUGAUUCUUUUAAUUGUUGUGAUCAACCCUCAGACCUGUAGGGUAAGAAAUAAAAAUAGCAAUAAUAUUUUAGACGCAGCUGGGAACUUUCUUGUUUUCACAAGCCUAUCCAGACAUGUAAAGUGGGCAGCUAUAAUUGUUUUAAAAGUUUUAUUGAUUUUUAUCUGUGUUUUUUAAUGGUGAUGGCUUGAUUCAUAUUCAGGUAUUUUUAAAACAACAACAACAACCCCUGGCUACAAGGAUUUUAGCUGCGUUUCCUUCUACAUUUUUAUUAUUUACUUCAUAAAAAUUAAAUACCGUGUGCCUGUGAAAAACACACACCACAAAUCAGUUUACAAAGGGAAUGAAACAAUGAAAUCAUCAGUUUUUAAAAAUUAAAAUAAACAAUAUGCUAAAAUCAAACAUAAAUAUUCUACAUUUCUGGAUAGGCUUAAACCAUGGAGGCAGAGGAUAGCGAUGAUGGGACAGGCUUCUCCUCUAUGGAUUUGUCUAAUCCUCUUUUAAAGCCAUCCACGUUGGUGGCUACCGCUGCCUCUUGUGGCAAGGAGUUCCAAAGUUUAACUGUGUGCUGCAUUCAGAAGUCUUUCCCUUUGUCUGUCCUGAAUCUUCCAACCUUGCAUGUCUGCAGAUUCUAGUGUUACGAGAGAGGUUCUUCUUCGAUUAAGCAUUUAUUAAUUUGCCAUAGAUCAGAGUCUAUGUUCCUGUUCCUGUUACUACAACUGCUUUCCGAUUUGUAGCCACAUGUGGAGAGUAGAAUGUCAGAUGAGAAAGGAACCUAAUGGACGUAUUAACUGCAAAGCAAGGAUGGCCAGAGGCCUGUUAAGUGGUAGAAAGCAUCCUGGUUAAAGGGAAAGGUAAAGGGACCCCUGACCAUUAGGUCCAGUUGUGACCGACUCUGGGGUUGCGGCGCUCAUCUCGCUUUAUUGGCCGAGGGAGCCAGUGUACAGCUUCCAGGUCAUGUGGCCAGCAUGACUAAGCCACUUAUGGCAAACCAGAGCAGCGCACGGAAACGCCGUUUACCUUCCCGUCGGAGCAGUACCUAUUUAUCUGCUUGCACUUUGACGUGCUUUCGAACUGCUACGUUGGCAGGAGCAGGGACCGAGCAACAGGAGCUCACCCCGUCGCGGGGAUUCGAACUGCCAACCUUCUGAUCAACAAGUCCUAGGCUCUGUGGUUUAACCCACAGCGCCACCCGCAUCCCAGGCAUCCUGGUUAUGGUACCGUAAAUACUUCUUCUGCAGUGGCCGCACAGCUGCUGAUUAACAUGGGCCAAUCCAAACCCUCAUCACUGAUUCUAAUUUUAAGCCCUGAUCCUGCACAUAUCGAUAUUUUUUUUCAUGGUGCUGCUGCCACCGCCAACUCAAAUAUUCAGAGUGUGACAUUGCAGUGGCUCAAAUGGGCGGGUCGGUUUUAGAGGAUUUGGAAGCGUCCAGCUUCUCAUUUUUGCCCUUUUCCAAGGAGCAAAAUUAUAUUUAGUUCAAAGAAAUUCUGGUCAGGAGCCACGUUCCUUCCUCCGCACUUCCACAGCCAAAAAGCAAGCAAUGGGGAAGGAAACAUGGUCAAGUUGAUAGGAAUGAAGAAAGCAGCUACCUCAAGGGAUUUUCUGGUCGCUGCUCUUAUUUUACAUCCAUUUUGAGAUGCAAUUGGAUGUGCACAGCCUGUUCUUUUUGCAUUUCGUUGUCAUUUGACCUCCUCGCAUACCACUUUCUCUCUCUUCUUACACCUGUGUGUAUCUAACUGCCGGCAGAGGAUAACACUACAUUUGUGGGACUAAGCCUCAUUGGACUCAGUUGGGGUUACUCCUGAGUAAAACAGUACUUACAUCUUGUGAAAAUGCAUAUAGAAUCGCCGCUCGUACUUGGGGAACCGGUUCCACCAAAAUAGCAGGGCUGUUCUCCAAGUAAAACAGUUUAGGGAUUUGGAUGCAAAAGCGCUGACAAAAUUAUUGCAGCAGAAACGAUAUAAUAAAUAUAUAGUCAGCAUUUCAGCCAUAAGAUGCAUUGAAAAGAUGUGGAUCUCUGCCCACCCCUUAGUUUGUCUGCGACUAUCUGGAUUGCAGAGACUGUAAGGGGCUGGCUAAUCUUGUAUUUAAAUGAUCUUACAUAAUUGCAUCCUCUGCUAGUGGAGCAAAUCUAGAUAGACUUGGGCUCAUGACACCUUUUGCAUGUAAAAACGUCUGAAAUAUUACUCUUGCCAGCAGCAGUGCAUUAAAAGCCCACCACAUCCUGCUUUCCUCAUUACUUUGCAAAUGUUUGCGUUACAAUCUGCUGAGCCACAACAUUAAAUUCUGGCCUGACUUAUGCCAAGGCUUGUUGAGGAGGGGGGACUGAAUGAACGCAGGGAGUAUGUCAUGCCAGAAACUAUUGGCAUACUCUAUAGAUUUAUGGUGGAUAAUACUCUGAGGAAUACGCAGGAGGGCCUGCUAGCUGCGGCAAUGCUUGCAUCUGGUGUCAUUAAUUCAGUUUGAGAUUGACGGUGCUCCUUUGCUGGAAAGGACAAAUGCCAUAUGAAGUCUGCCCCUGAAUUUAGGAGUCCAGCAUUUAUAAACCCUCUGAUUUACAGCCAUGUCAUCUUAUAUGUGCAUGCACAGAAAGUGAUUUAAAUAUAUAUAUAUUCCCAGCAAAUCUAGGGGCAUCCUGAUUGAAAUUUACUCGGAGUCGAGAGUGGAUUUCAUGCUCUUUAUUCAGCUCAUAGUGGUGAGGAGGAACAGAAGUUCCCCCAGAAUGUCUGCCUUAUAUACAUUACUUACACAAUGGGCCCCACGAGAUUGGCUAAUUCCGGGAUUCUCCUGUAGGCCAAUCAGGUUGCGGAUUCCCAUCCACCUGGAGCUGGAUUGGGUGGCUCCUGUGGACCAAUUAGACUGCUGCAUUCUGAAUCCUAUUGUUCUAGGACCAAUCAGACUGCUGCAUUCUGAAUCCUAUUGUUCUAGGACCAAUCAGACUGUUGCCUUUUGGAUCCUAUUCAACUCAGUACAUAACACUGAUGCUCUUCUCAGACGUGGUUUUCACAUGUUGCAAUGUGGAUUCCUGAUUACAGUGGCAAUGAAGUCAAUGAAGGGCUCUUAGUACAUGCUCAGGGACACACUUGGCACCAGCCAACAACAUGCAGAUGCAAGAAAACCCUUGUGCGUGUCAACCCCUUCGAAAUGAGCGUGAUGCACUCCUACAAUGGAACGGUACACUGAUCUGAAUCAUCAUCAGCUGAUCUGAAUCAUGCCGCCUUCAUCUCUGAUGGAAAUAAGACAUAAUGACUUGCCUCUGUUUUUAGCUUUAAACUGGUUUAAGAAGAAAUGUGUCCAAACUGUAAUGUAGACAAGCUAUAGAUGGUACCUCAUUUCCUUUUUCAGGGUUCCUUUUAUCUCAGGGACGUCCAUUGCAUGCAGAAGGUCCUCAGGCUCCAUCCCUGGGACAUUGAGUUAAAAAGGAUAAGCUUACAGGUGAUAAGAGAGACUUUGCCCUAGCUGCUGCAAGCCAGAGUAGAUACUCAAAGGCUGGAUCUACAAAGGUUGCAUCCACAACAUGCUUUCCCCCCAAAGAAUCAUGGGAAGUGUAGUUUGUUAAGGUGUUGAGAUUCUCCCAGGAUUCUUGGGGAGAGAAGCCAUGAGUGUUGUUAAUGCAUAGUUUGGAUGUGGCCCAGUAUAAGGCAGCUUCCCACGAUCCUGUCCCAUUAGAUCAGGGGUCAGCAACCCUUUUCAGCUGUGGGCCGGUCCACCAUCCCUCAGAUCAUGUGUUGGGCCGGACUAUUUUUUUUUCCGGUGGGGCGGAAAAUGAAUGAAUUCCUAUGCCCCACAAAUAACCCAGAGAUGCAUUUUAAAUAAAAGCACACAUUGUACUCAUAAUAAUAAUAAUAAUAAUAAUUUAUUAUUUAUACCCCAUCCAUUUGGCUGGGUUUCCCCAGCCACUCGGGGCGGCUUCCAACAGAAUAUUAAAAUACAACAACCCUCAUUUACUCAUGUAAAAACAUGCUGAUUCAUGGACCGUCCGUGGACCGGAUUGAGAAGGUGAUUGGGCCACAUCCAGCCCGCGGGCCUUAGGUUGCCUACCCCUGCAUUAGAUACUCUCGGCAUUGUUUCACAGGUUGUUUCUAAGUUGAACAUCAUUAAUGCCAUGAGCCUCACAAUUACGUCCAGGCAAGAUGCUGUUCUGAGCAUCUAGGAAGACCAGCCUCGUAUCCAUGCCCUCUCCCUUUUUUUAUGUCCACAGGUCAAGGAUGUUGUUGGGUACGACACGCUGGGACACUGCUUUUUUACUGAAGAUGGCCCUGAAGUACGCAAUACUUUUGAUCACUGCCUUGGACUCUUGGUGAAGCCGAGCACGUUGCUGCCCUCUGACCGAGACACAAGGAUGUGCAAGACGAUCACAGAAGGAGCUUACCCAGGAUACAUCCCCAAACCUAGACAGGACUGCAAGUGAGUCAAAAAAUUAACUUCUAAUUUCCUUUGGCUUAUAGCACUGAUUUGCCUGGUGUAUCUUAGUGUACCAUUACAUCCCAUUGGGAAGCUUCUUAUUCCUAUUAUUGUUGCUUAGUCAUUUAGUCGUGUCCUACUCUUCGUGACCCCAUGGACCAGAGCACACCAGGCACUCCUGUCUUCCACUGCCUCCCACAGUUUGGUCAAACUCAUGAUCGUAGUUUGAGAACACUGUCCAACCAUCUCGUCCUCUGUCGUCCCCUUCUCCUUGUGCCCUCCAUCUUUCCCAGCAUCAGGGUCUUUUCCAGGGAGUCUGCUCUUCUCAUGAGGUGGCCAAAGUAUUGGAGCCUCAGCUUCAGGAUCUGUCCUGCCUAUACCUUGCUUGGAAAGAGAAAUCACCUAAAUUUCCACUGUGCAUCUCUCUCUCUCUCUCUCUCUCUCUCUCUCUCUCUCUCCCCCCCCCCCCUUUGAAAAUCACAGCCAAAAUGAAGCAUUUUUAGUCCUUCAAGUCUCAGUGGGGAGAGACUUGGGUACACACUCAAGCGAGAGGAAUAUCACAUUAGUUUUCCUGGUUAUAAUGCUGGCGCUUCUCCUGUUUUCUAAUGUUCACACAUCAGUACCUGUUGUGUUAGGGAACUGUGACUUUUUGACCGAUAUACAAGCAUGUUGUGCUAAAUUUCAUUCACACCUGUGGGUGUAGUGUGACACAACAACAAAUGACAUUAGAUGUCGCUCCUCCCCCGCCCUUUCCACAAAUGUGAGCUUCUGCUCUCCUAAGAAAAUGGCAGGAAAGAAAUGUAUGCUGGAAUAGCUCCCUGACUUUCAUCACUUUACUUCCAUGGAUUUUUUUCUGGAAGCAAUUAAACAUGGAAAUGAGUGCGAAUCUUCCACCAUAUUCCGCUAGAUCCCUGGAAGUGGCUUUUACAUUGUAUAAAAGCUUGAAUAUAAUGGAAAAAUAGACAUGAGGGAAACGGAAUAUACUGUUGUCUGAAAACAGCUGUAAUUAAUCUCUCAUAUCCAAAUCAAAGAUUAGAACUUAAAGGCAGGGUGCUGUCUGUUAUUAUUUCGUGCACGGCAACCCAGGCAUACCAGUGUUUCAAUGUUGGGGAUGUCCACAGUGCAUGUCACAGUAAACAGUGGCAAGAAAAAUGUCUUGUAUACCUGGGACUUAGCUACAUUGGUCAAGAAACAGCAUUUUGAAUGCAUUAUAAACAUGUAACACCAGAUGGCACCAGAGAGCAAGAAAAAAAAUCUAAGCAAUUUUCCAUAGCAGUUUUUCUCCUUUUGUUAUAACAAUUUGAUUUCUGACUUAUUUAUAGCGUUUUAUUUCUGUGUGUAGAUCCACCCCUGGGCUGCAACAUAAAAUGUGUUGUGAUCUACACUGGCAGCCACAAAGACUAACAAACUAAUGGGACAGUUUUGCAAGUAAUGUUAAGCCUAAGUAUGGCUAAGUAUAAUUGUGCAAGCAUCCAGAUAUUUGCAGGAAAAAUCUCUGCCACUCUGCAGGAAAAAUCCUCCUCCAGUCCUGCUGCUGUGAGCUAAGCCAUGUGUUAAUAUGGCUGGUUUUGUGGUUUGUCAUGCUCUAGACCAAGCAUGGCCAAACUUGGCACUCCGACUGUUUGGGGACUACAAUUCCCAUCGUCCCUGACCACUGGUCCUGCUAGCUAGGGAUGAUGGGAGUUGUAGUUCCAAAACAGCUGGAGGGCCAAGUUUGGCUAUCACUGCUCUAGACAAACCAUGAGUCAAGAAGAGCAAACCUUGGCUACAAACCUUGUAACUUAUCUGGAUUAAGAUAAGCCAAGAGCCCAGAUUUGGAUAUAACACCAAGCCAAAUCAAAGCAGGUGUGAUUUUUCCCCCUUGCAAGUACCUGUGCUUACACAUUCACUCCUAGCUAUGCUUUGGCUUAGUGUUACGUGCAAACUAUAUCUCAAUUUCAUGGCAGGAUUGUGUAUGAGAUUUGAGCAAAACGAUAUAUUCUUUUCAAAAAGGGAGUUUGGCUGGAAACAGACACAUUUUAUAGCAUUAUGUUUUAAGAGCCAUGUGAAUCCUGGGAAACAGGCAAUAUGUGAGAUAAUUACAGUGCCAGCCAGGACUUGGCAAAGCAAGUGACCAUGAAAGCCAAGCUGUUUGCCAAACAAGUACCUUUAAAUCCUUCAGGGAUUUCAGGUACCAUGAAAGCACGAAAAGUCAAUCAGGUUCUUACUUAAGGCAACCCCUAGCAAACUCAGGGCUUUCUAGAGGUUUUCCUUUGCUUCCUUUUUUGCCGACUCAUAUGCGGAAACAUUCAUCGCAGCAUAAAAUAUAAUUGAUAUAGGAUAGUUUCAUAGCGAUAGAAAUUCCUUCCGGGAUUCCUAAAGGCUUUCAAGGCAGGGCUGUGUCGCAAGUGUGACAGCUGUAAGGAUGCUGUAACAGCGACACAGGAAGGUGCCUUGUGCUGAGUCAGAACAUGGGUCCAUCUGCCUCAGUGCUGUCUGCACUGACUGGCAGCAGCUCUCCUGGAGAUGCCAGGGAUUGAACCCUGGACCUUCUGCAGGCAAAGCAGGUGUCUUUGCCAAUUUACUAAGGCUCUUUUCCAUGGUGGUGGUGAGAGAAAGAGAGAGAUCAAAGUUACUCUGUUCUGUAAAGGAAAACUUCUCUGCUCGGUUAUAUAACCUGGCUUGGUUUGAUUAAAUAUACAGUUGUACCUUGGAUCCUGAAUGCCUUGGUAUCCGGACGUUUUGGCUCCCGAAUGCCGCAAACUUGGAAGUGACUGUUCCAGUUUGCGAAUGUUCUUUGGAACCCAAAUGUCGGACGGGGUUUCCUGGGUUUCCGAUUCCUGCAGCCAAUCGGAAGCCACGCCUUGGUUUCCGAACGUUUUGGAAGCCAAACAGACUUCCGGAACAGAUUCCGUUCGACUUCCAAGGCACGACUGUAAUGCCCGUCCCUCUGCACACUCCAUUUGGGAAUUGUGUAUUUUUGUUUUUGUUUUGUUUACACUUAUCUUUUCCCAUCUAACCAACAGUGCAGUCUCUACCUUCUGGCUGGCCAACCCACACAACAACCUCAUAAACUGUGCAGCUGCCGGAUCCGAAGUGAGUACAAAGGGAAACAAUUGCCUAGUGGUGCAGCAAUAAAACUUCUAGCGCAUUUGCAGAGCUGAGCAGGGUCUGGUAUGGUUUCGAAUUGGAUGGGGGACCGCAUUUUGAGAUUCCUGCAUUGCAGGGGGGUUGUGCUAGAUGACCCCCCGGGUCCCUUCCAACUUUACAAUUCUAUGAUUCCAGUUGGAAUAACCUUGGGAUUCUAAUCCUCCACCCCACUACAACCCUUCAGGUUCCUGAUGAAACAAAAGCUGUUUGGGGCUGUUCUGAAAAGCAGGCACAAUGCCUUAAUACAGUUUGGGGUAGAAACAUAAUCCUCACUCAUUUCUUUUCCACCUGCCUUGUGUGAGAUCUCGGAGCACAAUUGGCAGCAUUCAAUGACCCGUUCCAUUAGUGCGAGGACUUUUGGCUGUGUAAUGGAACUCCCCACCCACCUCUCAUUGCUCAUACAUCCGGGGUGUCCUGGUUUUUACUUUUUGAAAUAAUGGCAACCCUACCUCUCCCAUGGAGAUGCGGGUGGCACUGUGGUCUAACCCACAGAGCCUAGGACUUGCCGAUCACAAGGUCGGUGGUUCAAAUCCCCACAACGGGGUGAGCUCCUGUUGCUCGGUCCCUGCUCCUGCCAACCUAGCAAUUCGAAAGCACGUCAAAAUGCAAGUAGAUACAUAGGUACCGCUCCGGCGGGAAGGUAAACGGCAUUUCCGUGCGCUGCUCUGGUUCGCCAGAAGUGGCUUAGUCAUGCUGGCCACUUGACCCGGAAGCUGUACGCCGGCUCCCUUGGCCAAUAAAGCUAGAUGAGCGCUGCAACCCCAGAGUCGGCCACAACUGGACCUAAUGGUCAGGGGUCCCUUUACCCUUUACCUCUCCCAUCACUGUUCUGGGUCAUCCCCCCCAACCUUUAAGUGCAUAUUUGGGGAGGCCGUGGGACACACACAGGGAAAGGAGGGGGCAAGUUCCCUGGCAGAAGUAACAAUCCUUGUGCUGGAAGAACAAGUGUUUCCCAAAAUGAAUGGUUGUACUUUGUUCCCUCCACACGCCCCGCCCCACCAAUGUGCAGGCUUCUGCGUUUUGCUGUUUUUAAUAUCUCACGCAUCCCAAGUCUGGCAUAGGCUGAAUCUGUUGUGUUCUCUCUUGCAGGAAACCGGGUUUUGGUUUGUUUUGCAUCACGUACCGACGGGACUCUCUGCAGGAAUGUAUCCCCCUGGCUACUCUGAGCACAUUCCAAUGGGGACGUUCUAUAACAAUCGGGCACAUUCGAACUAUCGAGUGAGUAUACAUGCAAUUGGAAAUCCUAUCUUCUUUUUCCAAAUGCUGUCCUCCCCCCCUUUUCCAAUCUCAGUGUCAAGCCAUUAUUGGCCACCAUUCUGCUUCCAUAAUAUCAACAGCAUACGUUGUCUCCCUGCCCUGCUCCAAGCAUUUUUAUCUACAAAUUCUGUUUUUAGUUAGCUCCAACUUUUGGCUCUAGAUGGAGGAGAGUGAUGAAUAAAGAGGCCUUUUUCUCUUUUAAUCCCCAGCUGAUUGUUGUCUGUUGUUGUCUGUAUCUGUAAGUUUCACUAAAUAGGCAUGCACACACAAACGUGUGCUGUUUCUCAAAUGCCAAGAUCUGUUGAAGCAGCAACCAACGUUUGUGACACAUAAGGAGUACUGCACUCAGGACCCAAACUAGACAAGGUGUUAAUUGCAUUGAUGUAUUUCAUGUGUCCAGUAGCUGGACGCCCCCAGGGCUGUUUAGGAGGAGGGGGGGUGAAACUAGACGUGUAGAGAAAAAAUUAUUCAUUUAAUGUGUUGUGUUGUUUGGCCUUUGGGGUGAACAGGGAACAAGUAGGUGCUGAAACAAUUAUUCAGUCUUCUUAAAAAAGGCACAUAGUAGGUCUUGUGGGGCUUGGCCUGGGGCAAACAGCCUCAAGGGGCAAACAGAGAGCCUGGAAAGACAACAUUUGGACCCUGAGCCAGAAGCUCCUCACCUCUGCUCUCUAACAUAGUUUGUUAUUAUGGAGAGCUGGUAAACAUUCAAACCCUCAGGUGCAUUAAAACAAAAUGAUGGUACAAUCUGUUUGUGCCAGGCAAUGUUCCAAAUUCUUUUGCUGGUGUAAAGCGAAUGCAUUGAAAGUACGUGCCUAUACGUAUGUAAGUUUGCAUGCUUAUAUAUUUCCCUCCUAAGGAUUUGGCUGACAGAAUCCCUCCCUCCUUCCCUUCUUUUCCAGGCUGGAAUGAUAAUUGACAAUGGAGUUAAAACGACGCCAGCGUCUGCCAAGGACAAAAGGCCCAUCCUGACUCUGAUCGCAGGGAGGUAAUCUGAUUUUGAUCGGUUUUAUUUGGAAAGUAAAGUCCUCUUUUUGCAGCUCAGGCUGGGGAAUGAAUGCUGAUCAUAACCGUUAUAACCUUUUAAUUGUUUGGGGGAUACAUAUGUGCCUGUGUGGAAGGGGGAGAUUUUCAACAGAUCCACAUACAUUCAGCCACAUCUUAAGCAUGUGGUUUCCCCCAAGGAAUUCUGGGUACUUUAUUAGUUCCCAGGAUUCUUUGGGGGGAAAGUCAUGUCCUUUAAAUGCCUGGUGGGGACCUGCUGUUUACUUUCCUUCAGCCAACUCCCUUCACCCAGCAGGAUUUAACACCAGUCUUUUUAAGUCCAUACCUUGUUCCCCUGCCGUACCUGCAUCAUAUUCUCUUCUAGUCCUCAGUGUUAAACCUCUCCCUGCUAAUUUACUUUUGAAUUUACAAUCCACACUUUCAUUUUAAAAAAAUACAGCAAGGUGGAGUACAACAUAUAAGGAUAAAAUCAACAAAAGAGCCAUAAAAAUAUCAAUAAAAUAAAAGUUAUUUCUGCUCGGUAUUAUUUUAUUGCUUAAGUUAUUAAAGCAGAAGUUAAGUCAAUCCCUCCUCCUGCCAGCCUAUAAAUGAGAAUACAAUAAAGCAGCUUUACAAACCAAGGUUUGCUGGAAAUGCAGCUCAUCCCCCUGGAAGAUAUCCAUGCCGAUGGUGUUUUCAUUUAGAAUCAUAGAAUCAUAGAGUUGGAAGAGACCACAAGGGCCAUCGAGUCCAACCCCCUGCCAAGCAGGAAACACCAUCAGAGCACCCCUGACAUAUGGUUGUCAAGCCUCUGCUUAAAGACCUCCAAAGAAGGAGACUCCACCACACUCCUUGGCAGCAAAUUCCACUGUCGAACAGCUCUUACUGUCAGGAAGUUCUUCCUAAUAUUUAAGUGGAAUCUUCUUUCUUAUAGUUUGGAUCCAUUGCUCCGUGUCCGCUUCUCUGCAGCAGCAGAAAACAACCUUUCUCCCUCCUCUAUGUGACAUCCUUUUAUAUAUUUGAACAUGGCUAUCAUAUCACCCCUUAACCUCCUCUUCUCCAGGCUAAACAUGCCCAGCUCCCUUAGCCGUUCCUCAUAAGGCAUCGUUUCCAGGCCUUUGACCAUUUUGGUUGCCCUCCUCUGGACACGUUCCAGUUUGUCAGUGUCCUUCUUGAACUGUGGUGCCCAGAACUGGACACAGUACUCCAGGUGAGGUCUGACCAGAGCAGAAUACAGUGGCACUAUUACUUCCCUUGAUCUAGAUGCUAUACUCCUAUUGAUGAGGCCCAGAAUUGCAUUGGCUUUUUUAGCUGCCGCGUCAUUUGUAACGAUUUGUAUUAUAAGUCUGGAAUGUAUUGCUGAUAUCUCUGCCCCCCUAAAUAUUUCAUAUCUGUUUUUUGAGUCAGACCUUUGGUCUGUUUUGCUCAUUGCUUCCCACACUGGCUGGCAGCAGCUCUCCGGGGUUUCAGGCAGGGCACAUUCACAGCCCUACCUAGAGAUGCUGGGAAUGGAAGCUGGCACCUUUGGGAUGCAGAGGAUGCUCUGUGCCUGAGAUCUGGGUUUUCUACUCUGCCCUUUGGUGUCAUGGGUUCAGAGUAUUCACAGAAUCAUAGAGUCGGAAGAGACCCUGAGGAUCAUCUAGUCCAACCCUCUGCAAUGCAACUGUCCCAUAUGGGGAUUGAACCUGCGACCUUGGCCUUAUCAGCACCCUGUUCUAACCAACUGAGCUAGUCGUCAUGAUUCCUUUAGCAUCAGUAGCUUAAAGUUCUGCCUUAAGCUUUUGAGGUCCAUGAAUUGAAACACCUCACCUUAAUUUGGAUAAUCUUCUCACUUACCCUGACUCAUUUCUAGCAGGGAAGGUUAUUUGGGACCAGCUCCAUAUUUGCAUCAGCGUGUAGCUUCAACUUAGGCAAGGAAAGCCUAUUAAUCAGGGAAUUGCUUUCCCCAGCUGCAAAGGCCGCAAUCUGAUUGCAGUAAGCCUGCCAAAAUAAGGUUAAUUUUCUGGAACUCUGCAGGUUCCCCUUUCCCAGUUUAGCUCAAGAGGUUGGUUUAUUAAGUGAAGCAAAGGGGCUUUCUGGAUAUCUGUCAGCAAAUGGAGCAAAUCUCUUCUGCCUGCCUUGCUGAGUCAGGAAUUCUUUACUCUUUAGCGUUAUCUGUACUUAACACUACUAAUCCGUCACGUUUGUCCAAGCUGCAUUGUGAUCCACGGAGGACAACCCCUUUCACUACAGCCCAAGGCAGCUGACACACAAUUCAAAGUGUUGGUGCUAACCUUUAAAGCCCUAAACGGCCUCAGUCCAGUAUACCUGAAGGAGCGUCUCCACCCCCAUUGUUCUGCCCGGACACUGAGGUCCAGCGCUGAGGGCCUUCUGGUGGUUCCCUCGCUGCGAGAAGCCAAGUUACAGGGAACCAGGCAGAGGGCCUUCUUGGUAGUGGCACCCGCCCUGUGGAACGCCCUCCCAUCAGAUGUCAAAGAGAAAAACAACUACCAGACUUUUAGUAGACAUCUGAAGGCAGCCCUGUUUAGGGAAGCUUUUAAUGUUUAAUAGACUAUUGUAUUUUAAUAUUUCGUUGGAAGCUGCCCAGAGUGGCUGGGGACACCCAGCCAGAUGGGCAGGGUAUAAAUAAUAAAUUCUAAUUCUUCUUCUUCUUCUUCUUCUUCUUCUUCUUCUUCUUCUUCUUCUGGAAAGCCUCGUUUGCUUGGAGCAGACAGGCUUUUCUUUUCCUCUAAUGUUCAGUUGUAGAAUUUGACUACACCUGAAAGUAGCCUAACUUGGUAGGCUGCAUCUUUCUGUGGGUCCCUAUCUGGUCCUUGCCUCCUCUCAGUGGACAAGCAAUGCAUACCCUCCAACAUUUCUCCAAUGAAAAUAGGAACGUCUUACAUCAUCAUAAUAAUAUUUAUAUCUCGCCCAUCUGACUGGGUUGCCCCAGCCACUCUGGGCAGCUUCCAAAAUAUAAUUAAAAACAUAAUAAAACAUUAAACAUUUUAAAAAAAACUCCCCUACACAGGACUGCCUUCAGAUGUCUCCUAAAUGUUGUCCAGUUACCUCUCUCCUUGGCUUGGGGAGGUCACAUAACUCCAUACCCUCCAACAUUUCUCUGAUGAAAAUAGGGACAUUCUAAGGAAAAGCAGGACAUUCCAGGAUUAAAUCAGAACCUGGACAGUGUCUAUAAAUCUGGAACUGUCCCUGGAAAACAGGGGCACUUGGAGGGUCUGGGAAUGUCAUGGGGUGACAUGGGACCUCCUGUGGUGAACAUUGGUCUGUAAAUAUUGGAAAUAAAUAUACAGCAUGGCCAUAGAAGCACCCCAUGUUACCAGCUCUGAAAUCUCUUGAGGGCCAGUGCUCUCCAUGUUGCUGACCGCGUUUCCUUCCACCUGUUGCAAUUCCAGAUACAGCCCGCAUAAGGACGCUGACCCUCUGAAGCCCAGAGAACCUGCUCUCAUCCGACACUUCAUUGCUUACAAGAACCAAGACCACGGCGCCUGGCUGAGGGGAGGAGAUGUGUGGCUGGACGACUGCCAGUGAGUGUGGCCUCAGUUCAACCCUCCAGAGUUCAGCUGGGUGUUUAUGGCUAGCAGAGGGCUGUGUGGCUAGGUCUGUGUUUCUUGUUUAUAACGCUCCGCAUCUUUCAUCCGGUGGAGAUGAAUGCAAAGAAAGGGAACCAGGAAGAAAGCAAACCAACCUUGCUGUUUUGCAGAAACAAACCCCUGAGCUCGAGGGUUGUCGAGUUGUUUGUGUGCAUACGUGUGUGAUCGAGACCCGUUACAAUGAGCUGCGGCAGAAAAGGGACUUUAAAUAAACCUUUUCUGCUUGAGCCUGAAAUAAAAUAUAAGCAGCUGCGCCAAUGGUUUUGUUUUAUGUGGUAGCCUGUUAUUGCCAAAAAUUCCAGUGCCAGGGAGGUAAGACAUAAGACAGUGCAGCAUGGAGAAGGGUUGUGUAAAUAACAGGCGGUUAGAGAGUCUGGAAAUGGGAGCAGACGCUUCCUGUCUUCUCCUUCUCCGAGACAAGAUUGUCAGGUUGUGCCCUGCAAAUCUUAGCUGUCUGUUGCAUGGCUGCAAAGCGCCCCCCCCCCCAAAUCCAGCAAAGAAAACUUUUAAGAGCUUAGGAUCCUUCCUUAUACUGGAUCAGACCAUUGAUCCAUCUAGCUCAGCACUGUUUGCACUGGCAGGCAGCGGCAGUUCAGGGUUUCCUGCAAAGGACCACCCCAGCCAUAGUUGGAGAUGGCAGGACUUGAACCCAGGGCCUUCUGCUACGGCCCUUCUUCAGUUAACCACCUUGCCUUUCUCUGCCUCCGGCACUUAUGCCCCUUGUUCUUUUGCUACCUGCUGCAGAGUCAUAUCAAAGCCAUGCUUAUUCUAACAGGCAGGGAGCUGCAAGUUUUCACGACUUCUGCCUCUGUGGAAAUGGAGGGGAACCUAAAGCAGGGGCAGGGAACCUGUGGCACUCUCAGAUGUUGGCAGACUACAAAUCCCAUCGUCCCUGACCAUUGGCAAUGCUGGUUGAGGCUGAUGUGGAGGUGGGAGCAAAGCCUGCAGGUUCUCAGUGUUAAAAGAGACGAGGAAGCUCUCCUGAUUGCAACCUGCCAACUCGGAGAGACAACCAGUCACAUGUCUGAAGGCUUUCAUUCAUUUCCCCUGCAGUAAUGUGCAGGGGAAGGCAGGUUUUGUGGGAAAGGGAGCCACUGGAACACUGCUCUCCAACAAAUUCAAUUUAUAUGGUACAACCCCAAAUUUGGGGGGCCUGCACCAAUGGCAGCCAGUGCCCACAGGGACUGGUAGCGCAGAAGGCAGGGGCAACAGCCGCCAUUGCUGCAGGGAGUGGGCAGUGCCAGCUAAUUCUGACAGUGCAAUGGCGCAUGUCACUCAAGAGACAAAUGCUUAGCAGUUGUCUCUCUAUGCAGCUUUGAUUUCACGCCACUGUUUGCAGGUGAGAACCAUACCUGGGCAUUUCCUUGCUCCAGACUCAAUACCGAUAGCUGCAAAAAUUGCUUUUUGAUGCAUGUUGAUGAUGCUGAAUUAAUGAUCCUGAUCCUUAGGUAACGCUAAGCCCAACCACAAUCUGUAGCCAAGGUUGUUCUUAGCUACAGAUUGUGGUAGAGGAAGAGGCAGCUGAACCAAUAUCCUGGGUUCAGACAAUAUGCCAGGCCAAAUCUAACCUAAAAAGACUUGCGGGAGGAAUAAAGUGAGUUUAUGCUCCUCUCUGGAGGCCAGCAUGUUUGAGUGGUCCUGGUAUGCCAUAGUUUGGCUUUCUGUGACGACUGAACAAAGCCAGAGUACCAUACAAAUAAGUAAAAUUUGAGAAGGGUUAUCUAACACUGCAGCCACAUGUGGUUGCUUCCAACUUUUUCCCUGUUUAGAUGCCUUCUCCCUGCUGCCCCAAACGUCCUCAUAGCCAAGCUAAUAUCUCAAACCCUUCAGCUGAGCACAGAAGUAUUUUCCAUGUUCUUAAGUUUUUGGCAGCGUUUAUUUCGGCAAAGUUCAAAUCAGCCCCCAGCUCUCGUAACCUAGCAUUUUAUAGACGUGGGGGUCUAGCCAUUUUAAUAUUUGUUACUGUAAUAUAUUACACCAGAACAAUAGAUGCUAAUGUGAAUUGCAACACUCGACAUCUUUCAACACUGACUAGACGGCCACAGAAGCUGCAGGAAUUCUGUGCAAGCGGUAGUCGUGUGACGUCUCUGCCCUCUUGUGGCGUAAUAGCACCAGUGAAAGCAAAUCUCUUUCGCCCCUCUGCUGUGCUUUCAAUAAGUCACAUUUAUAAUUGCCCUCUGUUCAGAGACAUUUCUGCAGUCUGUGGAAUUACUCCAGAGCAGGGAUAGACAAAUGUUUCCAUUUGUUUCUCUCAGUUCCCUAUUUUUCCAGUCUUCAGUUGUCUACAUUUCCACAUCAGUUUUAGAUUUUAUAUCCUCAUGAAAAUUCAUUAGUGUUUUAGUAUGAAUUUGUCCCUAAUACAGUGGUACCUCGGGUUAAGUACUUAAUUCGUUCCGGAGGUCUGUUCUUAACCUGAAACUGUUCUUAACCUGAAGCACCACUUUAGCUAAUGGGGCCUCCCGCUGCCACCGCGCUGCCAGAGCCCGAUUUCUGUUCUUAUCCUGAAGCAAAGUUCUUAACCUGAAGCACCAUUUCUGGGUUAGUGGAGUGUGUAACCUGAAGCAUAUGUAACCUGAAGCAUAUGUAACCAGAGGUACCACUGUAUACAAUUUUUGUAAAGCCCAUUUCCCUAAUAUUUUUUCAUGUUGCUUUCACUGCUAUGUGCAUUUUCAAGCACACUUUAUGCACCGUAAGAAAAGCAAAUGCCUCUAUUUCUACAUAAUAGAUGGGGGAGGGGAAUAACCCGCAUUGAAAGAAGGUGACCCAGUUUGUCAUGUGUCAAAGCCUGGUCUUGAACCCAAGACCCACCAGGCAUCUGUUCUAAAGUUCUCUUUUCCUUGCAGGUUUGCUGACAACGGCAUCGGGCUCACUUUGGCCAGGUAAGUGCUCCUGGCGCUUCUACGUUUUCUUGUAUUUUCACUUGCAUAAGAUGUUGAAAGCAGGAUUUGACCAAAGCACUUCUGCUAACGUGCGAUUCCAUCCCUUCUAGUGGCGGAACAUUCCCACACGACGACGGAUCAAAGCAAGAGAUAAAGAACAGCCUCUUUGUAGGUGAAAGUGGAAACCCAGGGACAGAAACAAUGGACAACAAUGUCUGGGGACCUGGAGGCCUGGACCACAGCGGACGGACUCUUCCCAUUGGCCAGUGCGUCUUCAGUUUCUGUAUUUUCCAUUUUGUUCAGGUUUCCAGGAGCGUAUAGGGCUUUGCUUCCCCACCCCCACCCCACCCCAAUUCACUGUGGAUGGAGAAAAGGAAAAAGUUUUUUCCUCCCUCUCUCAUAACACUAGAAGUGAGACAUUCAGUCAAGCUGAAUCUUGGUAGAUUGAGGAUGGACAAAAGAAAGUACCUUUUCACAAAGUAUGUAGGCUUUGGCCAAUAGUCUCUUUCUGCUAGCGCAAGGGUUCUUAGGCCAGAGGACAGAUGAAUUUUAUGUUGUGCAACAGAGGGAAUCUUGUGGUGCAGAGUGCACUAUUUCACAAUAGGUAAAGGUAAAGGGACCCCUGACCAUUAGGUCCAGUCAUGACUGACUCUGGGGUUGUGGCGCUCAUCUCGCUUUAUUGGCUGAGGGAGCCGGCAUACAGCUUCUGGAUCAUGUGGCCAGCAUGACUAAGCUGCUUCUGGCGAACCAGAGCAGCGCACGGAAACGCCGCUUACCUUCCCACCGGAGUGGUACCUAUUUAUCUACACAGCGCCACCCGCAUCCCUAUUUCACAAUAGUUACCAGCAAACUACUUGUGCAUUCUCUUGUGCAACCACGUCCCACAGGCCCAAACAUUUCACCAGUGGAACAAGCAUUCUGCUGAGGGACUCUUAACUUUGCGUUAUGUUGGAUGCAACCCAUCUUCUCCACCCCCUCCCCCAUUCCAGAGUUGGUAUUUAGGGUUUGGCUUCAUGCCCAGUAGGCUCUGGAGCGUCCUGGCCAAUUUAAAACCACCUCCGACAAAGAGCCGCAUUUUUAUUUCACGUCUUUUAAUGGCUCUGUGUUUAAUGUUGUAUUUCGGAGCUCAUUAAGUCUCUGUUUUGGGAUGUUAUCCCUGCAAUGACUGACUGACUGAAUGAGUAAUAAAAGCAGCUGACCACUUAAGAGACCGGAGACCAAGCUCAAAUUUUGCUUUUGAUUGGCUUUCGGAUAUUAUUCCUUUUUUUAGGUCAGUGGCCUAACUUUCCCGCAAAGCUCCUUCUAAGAAUGCCAAGCAAAUAUGUAUGAUCUGCCAAGGCAUGAGAGACCCUGAGUUGAACUUGUUAAGAAUCACAAGGUUUUCCUCAUGUAUAUAAAAAGACCUAGCAGAUUAUAGAAGCUAGUUUUUCCAGUGGAGUGUGGAAUUGUCAGCUGAUGCUCAUGUAUAGCUACAAUGCAAUAUAUGUUUACAGUGGCAACUCACUGCAAGGAGAUUAAUAACUUCCCCUCUUUUUUCUUUUCUUUUAAAAAAUGUGCUUUAGGAAUUUCCCAAUUAGAGGCAUUCAGUUUUACGAUGGGCCCAUCAAUGUCCAGAACUGCACCUUCCGAAAGUUUGCCGCGUUGGAAGGCCGUCACACCAGCGCUUUGGCGUUCCGCCUCAACAAUGUUUGGCAGAGCUGCCCCAACAACAAUGUCACAAACGUAUUCUUUGAGGACGUCCCGGUGAGUUGGCUUUCAACGCGGGCUCACGGUCGCAGGGCUCAGUGCAUGCAGAGGGAGGACAUUUUGCAACAGAAGAAUCGCAUUCCAUCAUUGGCCACCUUCUGAGGGUCACAUGGCAGUGGUGGGCGGGGCAACAGGUGCACCUCAUAUUUCUGUACAGUGGGCUGUAAUCUAGCCAUACAAAAGUCAGAGGUUCCUACAUGUACAUCUCUCCAGGAAAGCAAGAGGCCUUAUUACAGUUUAAGGACACAGUCCAGCCAGGCUAAGGAACUGGAGAAAUGCAAGGACUGGAGAGGGGGGUGGUCUGUGAGGAAGAUGAUGCCUGUAAGAAGGUGGGGCAUAAAGAGAGUCCUGAGGACAAGAAGCCGUUUGCUCCUGGGCCUGAGGUUCUCCACCCUUGGCUUAGCAAAAUUAUUAUUAUUAGUGAAUUUAGUAUUACAGUCGUACCUUGGAAGUCGAACAGAAUCCGUUCUGGAAGUCCGUUCGACUUCCAAAACGUUCGGAAACCAAAGCAUGGCUUCUGAUUGGCUGCAGGAAGCUCCUGCAGCCAAUCAGAAGCCACAGAAGCCCCGUCGGACAUUCGGGUUCCAAAGAACAUUUGCAAACCAGAACACUCACUUCCGGGUUUGUAGUGUUUGGGAGUCAAAACCGUCCGAGUACCAAGGCGUUCGGGAUCCAAGGUAUGACUGUACUGCUAUUACUAUUAUUUAUUACAUUUAUUAGUCAUUUUAAGCAAUACAUACAUACAUACACACAUACAUAAAAACUAGCAUUUUUUUUAAAAACCGCUACAUUAAACUUCCCACCCAUGCAAAAAGCCAGAUAGUAAAAAGCCAAAGGCCUUAUUAAAAAGGAUUCUUUUUGCCUGACAUCUAAAGAUAUGUAACAUUGGCAUCAGGAAAACUUCCCUGGGGAGAACAUUCGACAAGCGGGAUGCCACCAUUGAGAAGGGCGGUUCUCAUGUUGCUGCUCGCCAGACCUCGCAUGGAGGGGGCACACAAAGAAGGGUCUCAGAUGACAAUUUCAGGGUCCGGCUGAGUUCAUGUGGGGAGAGACUUCCCUUGAGGUCUUGCACCAUAUAAGACUUCAUAGGUCCAAGCCAGAGCUUCAAAUUGGGCCUGGAAAUUAAUUGGCAGGAUUUCAGAAUGGGUAGCCCUCAAGCUGUUUUGAACUCCACGAUCAGUCCCAGAGUCCAUGGCCAAGAUUCCAGGACAACUCACACAGGGCUGCCGUGUUCUUUUCAGGGCACAAAUGGACUGCAGAAAAAUAGGGAGCUUCUGUGUUAAGCUCUGAAAUUUUUUUUGGCGGGGGGGGGGGGGGGAUAGCUCCAAGAAGUUACAAAGCUAUCGGUUCAGAAUUAAUUGGUUAAUGUGUCAUAUUUUCCCUUCUGUUCAGAUAACCUCUCGAGUGUUUUUCGGAGAACCAGGACCUUGGUUCAAUGGGCUGGAUAUGGAUGGGGAUAAAACAUCUGUUUUCCAUGAUGUUGAUGGCUCUGUAUCUGAAUAUCCUGGGUCCUAUCUUAUAAAGGAAGAUAAUUGGCUGAUUAGGCACCCAGACUGUAUUGAUGUCCCUGACUGGAGGGGUUCUAUCUGCAGUGGUCGAUAUGCACAGGUAAGACUGAUGGGCGUGUUCAGAAUUUGGAUCUUGCUGGCUCACAGUUCUUUCGCAUUUCUGAUCUUGACAGCAGAUCAUUGCUGUGGGGUUACUGGUCUCUUCCCUAUGCAUGUUCUUCUUCCUUAAAGCUCUUAAAAAGGAAGUAAGUUUUGCUUUGCUUUGACUUCAGGUGUACAUCCAAGCCUACAAAUCAGCCAACCUGAGAAUGAAAAUAAUAAAAAACGACCAUUACGGGCAUCCUCUGUACUUGGAGGGGGCUCUGAGUAAGAGUGCCCACUACCAGCAAUAUCAGCCUGUGAUCACUCUGCAAAAGGGCUACACCAUCCAUUGGGACAAGACUGCUCCCGAGGAACUGGCAAUCUGGCUCAUUAACUUCAACAAGUGAGUGUGUGGCCCGUAAAAAACAGCAUUUCGAUUGAGGAAUAUAGCUUCAAGUUGCUAAAGAAAGCCGGGGUGUGUGAUGAAGAUGUUAUAAUAGCCACUGCAUUCUUCCAGGCCUGACAUCAUUGUUCCAGGAAACCCUCUGCAAGUUUUACCAUCUUCUCACCUAAACAUCCAAGUCCCCUUAGAAUGGAUGUAAAGAAGUCAUGAGAUAAAUAUUUGAGGCACUGCGUGGGCCAAGUUAAUCCCUGACUCAUAGAAGGUGGUGGCUCGCUACAGAGAAAUUGCUCUGUAUUGCUAUAAGGGAUCUUUAGGUUCUUUGGAAUUGACUCUGCCCAACAUGUAAACAUUUAGCCCAGCCAUGUCCAAAGUCCGUUUUGGGGGCUUAAUCUGGCCCGCCAGUCGAUUUAAUCCGGCCCCCGUGGCAGUAUAUGUCCUGCGGUAAAAUCCUUAAAAAAGCAACUUCAAUCCUAAAAAGCUCAACAACUUCACGUGCGUUCACUUAAUCAAAUCUGGCCCUCUUUGAAUUUUUUUUAGCCAGUUUGCAAAUAAAUUUAUUUUAUUUUUGGAGUGAGUGGAAUUUGACCUGCGACAUGUUCCAGAAAAAUCAUAGUCUCAGAGCUUGGGGUUGUUAUUGUUGCAAUCAUCAUCAUUAUUGUUUUAGGAAUGACUGGAUCCAAGUUGGGCUUUGCUAUCCUAAAGGGACGACAUUCUCCAUUCUCUCCGACAUCCACGAUCGCCUUUUGAAGAAAACCAGCAAAACAGGGACAUUCUACCAGGCUCAUGAGAUGGACAAGCUUGAGUAUCGAUAUGCUUCCAAGGGACACUACUAUUGGGAUGAGGACACUGGGUAAGGAAACAGCCAGCAUGCCCCCCGUGUCCUAAAGCUCCCUGAAGCACACAAUUGCUUUGGAGGAUUGUAGAGAUGUGUUGGGUACAAGGUUGUUUUUAAUGGAUGCACAAAUGACAUCCUCGUGUCUAGUCUAUAUGCCAUCUUUCAGAUUCAGCUCCGGUGGCAAUUUCCCUGUCUUUGGUGAUCAUUACUCUUCAACAAGUAAAGCCAUGCCAUUUUGGGUCCCUCUUAACUUGUUGCAGAGUUUUGACCACCUUGUCAUAUGGAAUGAUCGAUUUGCAUAAGAACGUAAAUUGGGGAUCAGCCCAACGGCCGAGUUCAGCAUCCAGAUGACCCAAUGGGAAGCCCAUGAAGAGAAUUUGAGCACAACAGUGCUAUCGCUGCUUGCAAUUCCCAGAAAUUCAGAGACACACUACUUUUGACAAAUGGAGGUGGAGCAUAACCAUUAUGGCUAGUAACCACUGUAGCCACGAUUUCCUUUGUACCCUCUCCGUUUUUAAAAUAAUGGGGGCCUAAUGGUAUCAUCAUUGGGACGCGGGUGGCGCUGCCAACCUAGCAGUUCGAAAGCACAUCACAGUGCAAGUAGAUAAAUAGAUACUGCUCCGGUGGGAAGGGAAACAGCGUUUCUGUGUGCUGCUCUGGUUCGCCAGAAGCGGCUUAGUCAUGCUGGCCACAUGACCCGGAAGCUGUACGCCAGCUCCCUCAGCCAAUAAAGCGAGAUGAGCGUCGCAACUCCAGAGUCGGCCACGACUGGACCUAAUUGUCAGGGGUUCCUUUACCCUUUACCUUUAAUGGUAUCCUCAAGCACUGUGCAUAGGACACUUAUACAGAAUCAGACCAUUGCAUACCAUCCAAAUUUCUCCUAUGAAAACAGGGACUUCCUAUUCCAUUUUUAUUAUUCCCUGCCCAUUUGCACUAGGUUGCCCCAGCCACUCUGGGUGGCUUCCAACAUAUAUAAAAACACAAUAAAACAUUUUAAAAACUGCCCUAAACAGGGCUACCUUCAGAUGACUUCUAAAGGUUGUAUAGUACUAAUCUCCUUGGCUUAGGGGGGUCACAUAGCUCCAUACCCUCCAACAUUUCUCUAAUGAAAAUAGGGACGUCCUAAGGAAAAGCAGGACAUUCCAGGAUCAAAUUAGAAACCAGAAUGGCUUCUGUAAAUACGGAACUGUCGCUGGAAAAUAGGUACACUUGGAGGGUUUGCCAUUGACCCCUCUAGUUCAGUACUGUCUACACUGGCUGGCAGCAGCUCUCCAUGGCUUUGGGCAGGGAAUCGCUCUGGGGCUGACCUGGAGAUACUGCCAGGGAUUUAACCUGGGACCUUCUGUGUGCAGUGCAAUGCUCCACUACUGAACUGUGGUCCCACCGCAAAAGAGAAGUGACAGUCGCUUUGUUACGUCUGGACCAUCGGGUUGGCAGCAGGGAACCAGCGGUAGCUGGGCAGCCAGUUAAUGGGGUGCUGGCACUAGCAGUGAGCUGCAGUGUGCGUGGCAGAUCACUGUGCCUGCUGGUCUUCAGCCACCUGCUAUCUUCAUUUCCUCAAAAAUGCCUUCGUGCCUACGUGGGGCCUGGGGCCACUUGGAGGAAAUGAAAAUGGGAGAUAGCUGGAGCUUUGGCUGCCGGAGAACUUUGCUUCAUGCCAAGCUGCCCAUAAAGUGUUGUUUUGUUUAAAACAAGCAGGCUGCAGUGAUAACAUGGAAAAGUGGAGGUCACUGACUGUAGCAAUAAGGAUUAUAUAAAUAAGAAGAUCAGCCCCGAUACCCAAAACUUUUGAAAGGAAAAAGCUGGCCAUCAGUGGCAGUGAAGGGACUGGGGGCCGGCUGGGAGAUUUUGUCCAAAACAGCUGGAGGGUGCCUAGCUGGUACUGACUGUCUUACAUAAGAGAUAAAGGGGCCCCUGACCAUUAGGUCGAGUCGUGACCGACUCUGGGGUUGCACGCUCAUCUUCCUUUAUUGGCCGAGAGAGCCGGCGUACAGCUUCUGGGUCAUGUGGCCAGCAUGACUAAGCCGCUUCUGGCGAACCAGAGCAGAGCACGGAAACGCCAUUUACCUUCCCGCCAGAGCGGUACCUAUUUAUCUACUUGCACUUUGACGUGCUUUCGAACUGCUAGGUUGGCAGGAGCUGGGACCGAGCAACGGGAGCUCACCCCGUCACAGGGAUUUGAACUGCCGACCUUCUGAUCGGCAAGUCCUAGGCUUUGUGGUUUAACCUGCAGCGCCACCUGCGUCCCUGCCUGUCCUCCAUACACACUUGUAAAUGUCAAAUUUCUUGAGCAGCCUCUAAUAGUAUGAGAUGUAGUAGUUGCACCUGGAAGUGAGAAUGAUGCAUCGGCGAAUACCUGCCUGGGAUGGAUAAAUAGAAAUGCUUCUAUCAAUGGGCCACAUAAUUCAUUUAAAGUAUGCUCAAUGCACAUAUAAAGCUCCCCCCCCAAAAAAAAAGAUGUUUUCCCCUUCCAGAGAUACAGUUCCAACAUCCUUAACAAACUGGUUCCCAGGAUUCUUUGGCAAGAGCAGUGCGCUUUAAUGGUGCAGUGGAAGGGUUUAAUAUCUGCCAUUUCCAGGAUGAGCUUCAUCCCGUUCCAGCUACAGCGGAGUCACAGAGUCAGGGACGCUCACGGCUCUUCCAUCUUUUCCCAAAGGUUGCUGUUUCUCAAGUUAAAGGCUCAGCACGAAAAGGAGCCAUUUGCCUUCUGCUCCGUCAGAGGUUGCGAGCGAAUCAGGAUCAAGGCCAACAUUCCCAGGAAAGCAGGGUCCAGCGACUGCCAAGCGAGAGCCUACCCAAAAUAUGAGGAGCAACCUUCGGUGGAUGUGCCAAUGCCCAAAAAGUUGCCAAGCACACACCUGGUAAAGUAGCUGAUUUACUGUUGCCAUUUUCCUGGGUCUUUGUUUCUGAUUAAAUCAGUGGAUAAUUUUCCUUCUGGAAGCUCAUCAAACAUACAGUGGUACCUCUGGUUGUGAACGGGAUCUGUUCCAGAGGCCCAUUCACAACAUGAAAGGAACGCAACCCGCAGCGGCGCAUCUACGCAUGCGCAGGUUGCAAUUCGCCGCUUCUGCGCAUGACGUCAUUUUGCGCAUCUGCGAGUGGCGAAACCCGGAAGUAACCCUUUCCGGUACUUCUGGGUCGCCGCAGGACACAACCUGAAAAAACGUAACAUGAAGCAAAUGUAACAUGAGGUGUGACUGUACUUCAGUCCCAUUUUAUGGGCAAAGUCUUAGUUUGCCCAAAGUGGAAAAUCAACAUUGCUGUUGAGAAACUAGGAAGCUGCCACGUACUGAAUUAGACCAUUAGUCCACCUAGUGUAAUAUUGGCUACACUGGCUGGAAGCAGCUCUCCAGGGUUUCAUCUUUUCUGUGUGCUACCUUUCCAAGGGUCGGGGGGGGGGGAGAUACCUGGGAUUAUACCUUUAGGGUAGGGGGAGCAGUGUACAACAGCUCUCCUCCACUGGCUGUCAGAAGCUAUUGCAAGAGCGGGUCCAGAAUGCGCUCUAUUUGCCUCCAAACGUUCUGAAUGUCCAUUGUCAGAUUUGUAGAUCACUCCACGUAAGACUCCCCAAAAAUUGCCAAGGAGUUAAAUUUCUGGCAAGACAUAAACUGGGGACGCCUCAUUUGAAACAAUGAACCACAAAAUGUGUGAGUGUAACUGCCAGAAUAAAUGUAUGUUUGGAAAAAAGCAUGUCUAGAAGAAUGGUUUUGAAAGUCAAUAGAUAUACCAACUUUAUUUUCUGUUUGAAACCAGAACAAGGACCAUUUUGUAGAACUGAAGCUGGACAGCUACAAGACCAAAUACUUCCAUCUCAGGGAUGAUUUUGCGUAUAUCUCAGUAAGUCUUUCUUUGCUCUUGAGUAAUGUGCUGUAUUUUUGACACACACUAUGUUUUAGAAACUUUUCAUUAUAUUUUAACAUAGCCAAAAGUCGUCUUCUAUGGGACACAAUUUGUAACAGAAUAUAUAUAAAAUAUGCAGUUGAGGAAAGAAACUCGAAAUAAUUGAGAAAACUAACAGAUCUAACAAAGGCUUAUCUGGAAGAAUCUAUAUUUCUUCCUGAAUUCUUUUAAAGUACUGUUGAAUGGAAUCUGAAUGGAUUUCGUAUUACUAGCAAGGCAAGUUGAUAUUUAGAAUUGGGCUUAAUUUUCUACCAAAUCAUAAUUAAAGCUGGACUUUGAUGUGUGAUUUUAUACAUGAACACACGCUCCUUGGUUGGUAUAAAUAUUAUUUUUUUUACAUUUCGCUGCAAUUUGGAACCAGUCUUAUUUUCAUAGCAGCAAUAAGCUUGCUGCCAAUUUGUGGCUUUCUUGUCCUAAUGCUCAACAAGACUGCCUUAGAAUCAAAGGGGGGGGAGGGGAGGAAUAUCCUGUAAGUUUUUAAUAUGCCAUUAUUACUCAGUGCUUUGGUCUGUUGGGACAUCUCGCCAGCCUGUUUUGCCACAUCAUUUUCUAGCAAUACUUUUGAGCAUUACUUGUUCAAAAAUAAGUUUUAUGGGGUUGCUAGAUACUUUAUAUUUCAUUUCCCUGCCCCCUUUCCAUCAGUGUUUCCAGAUGCUUGAUACAUAUGAAAAUGAGGUGUGUGAAAUACAUAAAUUUUGACUAAUUUCCAGUGUUGCACCUUAAAUCAACAACACAAAGUUAAACGUAAAAGUUUGAAAAUUUUCGUAUUUCGAGGUCUGCCUUUUUUUCUUUUCUUUUCUUUCAUAUACAAUAUUUCAAAUCAGCCUCUACUUCUGAAAAUCCAAAACUAUCAACUGUUACUGCUCUGGUCUCCCUGAUAACAGCAAGAACUGAUUUGUUUCCCAGGUUGACGGCAGGAAGUUUUAUCUCUCUGAAGAUGGUAUCCAAGUAGUUGUGAUCAAUGGGCAUGAUGGGAGAUUUGUUGACCGGAUGAGUUUCAAAAACUCCGUUCUACAAGGAAUCCCAGCACAGAUGAUCAACUAUGUCAAUAACAUUCGGGAAAAGUAAGUUAAUGAGAAAUGAGGGCAUUCAAGUUCUGGAAAAGUGGAAAACCUAGUGGUUGUAGAUGUAGCCUAACAAGCCAUAUGCUGUCGUAUAGCAGCCAUGUGAUUUUCUCAUUGCUCCUGCAAACAUUAUACAUACCAACCAUUUCUGAUAACAGAUGUAAGGUGACCUAAUUGGAUCUGCUUGUUAAACUUCAGAAGAAAUUAUGCAUGCCUGGCGAGACAUGAUUGAAUUGAUACAGGGACCAGCACCCCAGAGUUGCACAACUGGUAGCUUUUACCAAAUUAAAUCACUCAGUGGAAGAAUAAACGGUUUAUGGAUGCCUUUGUCUCCUGUAGUUCUAUAGUGGUGAUGACAUCUAAAGGAAGGUUCAUUUCAAGAGGUCCGUGGACUACUGUCCUGGAGAAACUUGGAGCACAGAGGGGCUUUAAAUUGAAAGGUAAGUAGGUAUUUUAUAAAAGAACCUUUGUUAAAAGUGUUGAUCAUUUCAGUUUACUGUGUUCUUCAAUCUUUGGCCCCCAGGUGAUCAUGCUGGCUAGGGAUGAGGGGAGCUGUAGUCCAACAGCUGGGGACCACAGGACAGAGGGCUAGAGGAAGUGUUGUACCACUUCAGAUUUCAGGCUCAGCAGAACUGAGCUGCUGGAUCUCCAUUGAGUUUAAAGAUGCGAAGGCUUAGAGAAUUCAUGGGGAGAACAGUAGCUCAAAAGCAAAAUAAUUUUUAGGAAGGGAGAAUACCUCUUUAACGAAACAGGCAGCACACCUUUGGGCUUUUGUGUUGGAAUGGCACUCUGAAAUAAGAUACUGAAAUCAGGUGGUGGUUGUUUUUUAUUUAAUGACCCUCAGAAUUAUUUUUGGCAUCCCCAAGCGUGCUUGCAUUUUUGUUGCCAAAGUUUGGGUUCUUCUCAUUUGGGCAAGACUUCAGUUUUCAGAGAGAGGCUUUCAUGCUUUGAAUAGCUUCUUUGCCUCUGUUCCUUAGCCAUGCCUGCAUCCUCUUGCCCUUGGUGGGAUCUUUCCUGAUCUACAUUAUACAUUCUAGCCGAGCUUCCAUUAUUGUGGUUUUAAGCAUUCUCCAAACUUUAUGGAGAUAAGUGACCCCCUGACUUUAUCAUUCAACUUCCUUUUUUUAAAACCAGUACCUUCAUUUUUGAGAAGCCUCCCAUUUUGAAGUUAAAGGUGACUAUGUUGGACUUUCUUGGCAGCUGUCCACCUACAGACAUGUUGUAUUUGAUAGAACCAUGAUCACAGUUCCCAAUCAUACACCAGGUUCUCAGCACCAUUAAAAAUUAUGUCCAUGGUUGUCUCCUUUCUUGCUGGUUCCAAAGCAGUCAUUUGGAGGUUCUCAACUACCCUUUUUUCCUUUCAUUCAGAUAAAAUGGGUUUUGUUGGAUACAAAGGCACCUUCCGGCCCUUCUGGGUUACGCUGAAGACAGAUGACGAAGCAGUGAGGAUUUUCCAAGCUCUGCCAGUUCCAGUGGUAAAGAAAAUGAAACUGUGA